AUGACGGAAGAGAAUACUGAGAGCGAUGGGGACCGUCAGCCCCUGGAAGAGAGCUCGCUUCUCAGGGGUAAGUCCAGCUGGAUCCCCCGGUGUCUCCACCGAAUGUUGCCUCCUGGCUUUCUGGAUGAAAUGAAGGAGCAGUGCGCGCUGGCUGGACCUGUGGUAAGUAGGAAAAUAAUUCCAUAUAUGGUAAUAUACAGGUUAAAUGCAAACAAUGGCAAGAUCGGAGCAUUUUUAAUUUAUUGCACACUGUGACCAGCGUGCUUUAUUUCCCGGAGUAACCAAUAAAACGUUUCUGAAGUUUACUGUAAGAACAGUCUGCUUCCUUUACAUUUCAGAAGUGUUUGAUCCCUAAAUUGUGCCCUGCAACCUAAGAAUAUUAUGCUUGUGAUUUGUCUUGCAGAAUUUAGUACACGAUUUCAAAUAUUGAUUUACUUUUAACCCCUUGAGGACACAUGACAUGUGUGACACGUCACGAUUCCCUUUUAUUCCAGAAGUUUGGUCCUUAAGGGGUUAAACAUAUCAUACCAAAAUUAUUAUUUUUAUUAUCAUUAUUUUAGCAUACAUUUAGCAGAUCAGUUUCCAAUUCACUGCAGAUUGCUAAUUACUUAGUGAAUAAACCACUUUGUGCCAUGUAUGUGCAAAUACAGACAUGAAAAAUCUGGUGUCCUUCGUAUACACAGUGGUUGUAUAAUGCAGGGCUCAGCUGCCCACACUGUGUCCCAUUUAAGUCUUCUUUGCCCAUGUGUGCCCAUUGUACUUCUUCACAAUGUGGUUGAGGAUGAAAAUUGUAAGUGAUGUUUAUUACUAGAUCAAAAACAUUUCAAUAAUUUAUGACAUUGGUAUUAUAUGUUUUAAUGUAUUAAAAAAAAUAAUAAUGUUUACUUACCUUUUAGUUUCUUUGAUUAGAAAUGCCAAUUUUUGUGCUAACUUGUGUGUCUGCAUAUGACUGUCUCUGUGCAUGUAGCAAAGAAUAUUUGUGAGUGUGUAAAAGUUUAUGUGGGAGAGUGUGUAUAUUGCAUGUCUGCAAGUGUGUAUUGGGACCCUGCAAAAUGGUUUUCUAACACUGACAGUGAAUGUCAUGCUUAUACUGCUGUUUAAACAACUGUCAGUGAUGCCCAUGAAAAAAUGUAGGCAACCAAAGUAACUUAACACCAUCAGCAUGCCUCUAGCUUAAAUUUGUGCAUAACUUUAACUGAACUUUUACAGAUUAAUACUCUUGGAAUCUAGUGCAUCUGCCUCCAGUCCCAUUGCGGGGAUAAAAAUAUUCAUUUUUACGUAGACAUAUUGUCAAUUCUCUAAUAAGUUUUUAUAAAAUGAUUUCAACAGGAAGAUCAUAUUCUUAAAUCAGUACAGCAUGCUAAGUGAUACAAGUGGCCCUAACCCCAUAGCAGUGCCAGGACAAGACAAUUGAGAGGUAAUUCAGCCCUCUCCCAAUAGUAAAAUUGUGGUAGAAGUGCUGAGGAGACAGCAAGAAAGCUCCUUUCCCUGAAUAUCAUUAUAGGAGCUAAAUUAAUGGCUGUUGCUGCAAAUAGUUUUGUUGGUACCGAAUGUCAACUUCCACCAAUAUCUUCCACUAAUUUUAAGUAGACUAUGACAUAUAUUUACUGGCACAGAUCUAAGAGUAUAGGAACCACAUAACUUGUGAUAACCCUAGCCUUAAACAUAACACAAAUCAUAGCUCUUAUUUUAAAAUUCAUGUUAUAGAAAUGAUACAUAAAACUGAAAAUAAUAAUGCAAUUUCACAGUUCUGGUUUCAUUUAUAAAUCACUCAAACGGUGAUCUCAUUGUUUAUUAUGAUGCCUUCAGAACCACUUGAAAUUAUUUUGGAAUAAUACAUGCCUCAGGGUAUGUAUUCUCUCAUUGACCCAAUAGAUAAAGUCUACCUCUUGCAAAGUGUUGGUUGCUUAUACACCAAUUCUUGUACUUCUGUUGCUAUUGCAUAUGAAAUAACGUGUGUGUUUCUGUGCAUGGAUUUUGCGGUGAGAACCGUGACAAUACCAACCCAAGGUUAGGAAGACCAAGAAAGAUUUCAGCCACAAAUGCCAGAAGAAUUGUUUGGAAUACAAAGAAAAACCCACCCAAAGGUAACCUCAGGAGAAAUACAGGCUGCUCUGGAAAAAGACGAUGUGGUUGUUUCAAGGAGCACCAUAUGACGAUACUUGAACAAAAAUGAUCGGCAUGGUUGUGUUGCCAGAAAGAAGCCUUUACUGUGCAAUGCCACAAAAAAAGCCUGGUUACAAUAUGCCCAACGACACCUUGACAUGCCUCACAGCUUCUGGCACACUGUAAUUUGGAGUGACAAGCCCAAAAUAGAGCUUUAUGGUCAUAACCAUAAGCGCUAUAUUUGGAGUGGGAUCAACAAGGCCUAUAGUGAAAAGAAUUCCAUCUACACUGUGAAGCAAACUGGUGGCUCACUGAUGUUUUGGUGGCAUGUGAACUCUAAAGGCAUGGGGAAUCUUGUGACAAAUGAUGACAAGAUGAAUGCAGCAUGUUAUCAGAAAAUACUGGAAGACAAUUUGCAUUCUUCUGCACGAAGGCUGCACAUAGGAUGCUCUUGAAUUUUCAAGUAUGACAAUGACCUUAAGCACAAGGCCAAGUUGACCCUCUAGUGGUUACAGCAGAAAAGGUUGAAGGUUCUGGAGUGGCCAUUACAGUCUCCUGACCUUAAUAUCAUCGAGCCACUCUGGAGAAAUCUCAAACAUGCAGUUAAUGCAAGACGACCCAGGACUUUGCAUGACCUGGAGGCAUUUUACCAAGAUGAAUGGGCAGCUAUACCACCUUCAAGGAUUAAGGGCCUCAUAGACAACUAUUAUAAAAGACUGCACGCUGUCAUUGAUGCUAAAGGGGGCAAUACACAAUAUCAAGAACUAAGGGUUUGCAGACUUUUAAAAAGCGGUCAUUUCAUUUUUUAAUUUGUUGCCAUGUUUUGCUUUGUGAUGGUGCCAUUCUGUUAUUACCUACAGUUGAAUAUGAAUCCCAUAAGAAAUAAAAGAAAUGUGUUUUGCCUGCUCACUCAUGUUUUCUUUAAAAAUGGUACCUAUAUUACCAAUUCUCCAAGGGUAUGCAAACUUUUGAGCUCAGUUGUAUGUAUAUUGGAAGGGUUAAAGGUAUUCUAGUGAUAAAAAGUAAGAUUAAAUAUUUGGCAUUGCAUUUCUUGAAAAGCCAAGUUGGAUUUUUUUCCAUCUUGAGUAUAAUUAUCCAAAUUUUGCAGUUUAUAUAUAAAUGUUUUAAAUACAGAUUGAAUACAUGGCAAUCCAGAAAUAGAUUUCUUAUCCCUUUUGUAUAAUUAUUAUAACUUCCUUUGCAUUCUAAGCUAAUUCUUCAGAUCUAACAAAAUGAAGAGGGAUAAUAAAUAGGAGAUCUAAAAUGUGAAUGGAGAGAAUGAAAAGCAGAGGUAAAAUUUAAAUAUAGAAAAAAAAGUUGGAUUUGGUUGAAAGAGAGAUGAGGGAGAAUAAAAGAAAUAUGAAAUUAGGUAGAAAAACUAUCUCUCCCCUUCCCUAAUAUUGAUCUCCAACCCCCAAUUAUCUAAUUCCAUCCCCCAUUGUGUUCCCCCAGCUAUCCAAUAUUACUUUCCCAUUCCCACUAUUAUUUCCCUCAGCACCCACAGUUAUCUCUGUAUUUCAUGAAUCAUGGCUGAGCUGUCAGCUCAUAUCUUUUAUCAGCAGUCUAACCACCUGGGACAGGCGUCAGAGAGAAAUGGAUACAGAAACUGCAUCCAUCAGCUCAUAAGUCUUAGCAUACACAGGAAGGAGACAGACUGACAGUUCACCUACAUUGCAGCAUAGAUUGGUGGCAAGAUUUAGUAUAGAAAUGGUUAACUUAUUACUGAUUGCUUGUGAACUCUGCAACUGGCCCACCCAUCUUCUAGUAGGUUGUGGGCUUGAUUCAUAUGGUCUUUAGAAAACAUGCGGGCUUUCUGUUUGAAUAAUCCAAAUACAGAGGGUCUAAGGGGCAGAUGCUAGAGAAUAUAGAACCCUGGGAAAUUAUUAAUUUUCCCUUCAGUGAACAUGCUCCUAGCAAUUAGGGUUGGGAAAUACAGUCUUGAUAACUGGAGAUGAAAUGAAAGUUAAAAUUAAGAGUGGCAAUUAAAAAAAACUGAAGGAUGGCAAGAUGGAAUUGGGGAAUAAAUGAAUGAUGUAAGCUAUAUAAGUAAUUGUUAAUAUUGUAUCUAUCUGUGAUAUAUACGAUGAAAGUAGAUAAUUGUGUGUGUGUGUGUGUGUAUAGGUGUGAGUAGAGUAAAAUCUUAUCAGGAAAAGAGUGUUUGUAUGUGGAAAGUACAUCUGAUAUGCAUAUUGUCUUAUGUGGCAUCUGCAGGAAGAAUGCCUUUGUUGGUAUCAAAGAUUAAUCUGUUAACUAGUUUGGAAAACAAGCUUAUGGGAGUGCAGAGUGCAGUAAAAUGGCUGGGUUUGAGUAUAUGGUAGGGUAUAAAGGUUAAGAUGCUGAUGAGAGUUUUGCAUACAUGGUAGAACAUUCUGUUAUUCUGGAACCAAUACAAAAUCAUAUAAUCUUGUAUUUUCUUGUUUUAGUUCCUGGGUCAAACAUUGGUAUUUUUUGUGAGUAUUGUAAGCUCCAUGUUCUGCGGACAUUUGGGCAAGAUUGAGUUGGAUUCAGUUACACUUGCUGUUGCUGUAAGUAUCUAUUUCAGCUAAGAUUCUGAAUUUACAAGAUGGGUCUAAAUCAAGCAUGUAAAACUCAAAAGCUCGCACGCGCCACAUAAACAAGUUUUAAGUUUAUGUGGGCCGCAAAAAAACCAAAACCUUACAUAUUCAUCAAAGCAUAGGUUUGUUUUGAAAAGUACAGUAUAAAAAAACAGCAUCCUCCUCUACUAAACCCCAGUCCCCCCCUCUGUACUAAAUCUCAGUUUCCCCUCCUCUGUACUAAAUCCCAGUCCCCCAUCUGUACUAAUUCACAGUCCCCCCCUCUAUAUUAAAUUCCAGUCCACCCUCUAUACUAAAUCCUAGCACCCUCCUCUAUACUAAAUCCUAGCACCCUCCUCUUUACUAAAUUCCAGCACCCCCCUCUACUAAACCCCAGCACUUGUUUAAAAAAAAACAAAAAAACAAUAUUAGCCAACAAGCAGACUUCACUCACAUUGCCGCUGCCAAUAUGCGACUCCGGAGUCCAGCCUCUGGUACAUCCCCAAUGACACCGUCCACAUCCUGUGCCAAACGGAUCUUCCCCUACUCCUUGAAAACCUGUGAAGGGGGAGCAUGUUAACGUCACGUCAGAAUGUAACAUGGCGUUGCCUGCCUCUGUGCACCUCCAGGUCCUCCACUGUCCAGCAGCGGCCAUCGCAACACUGACCAACACACACUGACACAUACAGACACAGACACACACACUCUGACAGACACACACAGACACACUCACAGACACACACACACUCUGACAGACACACACAGACACACUCACAGACACACACACACACUCACAGACACACAUUGACAGACAGACACACACACAUUGAAAGACACACACACUGACAGACACACACACAGACACACACACACACAUCUACACAUUCUUGCACACGCUCACAUCAUUUUAUUAAUUGCUCCCUACCUUUGGGAGCUGGUGUGAGGCCUCUGCCUGAUCUUCUCUUAGGAACUCAGUCUCCCUGCUCCCUUACACACACAGUUUAGUGAUGCUGAGACGGAAUUACAUCAUCACUACAGACGGUGUGUGCAAGGGAGAAGUGAGGAGCAGGAAUACUGAGCUCCCUCGCUGCCACCUGGGACCUCUUCUCCCUGGCUGGGUAAUUUUGGCAGAGUAGGCACCUGCAAUGUGGAGUGAGCAGGUGUCUACUCUGCUUUAGUAAGCAUGGCAAACCCACGGCUCGCUGGGCUGCAAAAAUAUUCAUUGUGGAUCGCAUGCUUUGUCUAGAUAGAUCAAUUGACAGACAGAUUGAUAGACAGGCAAGGCAAAAUAUUUAGUCUGCAAUCAUCUCACUUAACCACCUGCUGGCACUCAUCUGCUCAUCAUCUGAUUUUUGCCAUGUGAAACACAUUUCCCAAAAUACUGGGUCUCUCGAUCUCUGUAGAGGGAAUGUAAUUGGUGGCUUCCUAUAUUCUCUUAAACUCUACAGCAACAUUUGCAAUUCAAACUGCAGUGCUAUCAAUUUACAUUAACCCCUUAAGGACGCAGCUUCAGAAGCUGGACAUACCCUUAAGGACUCAAGCUAUUUUUGCAUUUUUUGCUGUUUGUGUUCAACUGCAAUUUGCAUCGCUCUCAUUUAUUGAAUCAACACAUAUUAUAUAUCGUUUUUUAAAGGACAAGAUGGGCUUUACUUUGAUGUGACUUACACAUAUAUAAAAUCUAAUUUAUUAUUAAAAAAAAGAAAAAAAAGAAAAAAAAAAGAAAAAAUAUAUAUAUUUUUCACAGUUUUGGCAAUAAUAGUUUGUGUAUAAUAUGUCCAGCUUAGGAAAAGUAAUUCAAAAUAAAUUCAUUUAGGUUUCUUGUUUUUCAAAGUGCAUAAUAUGUAAAGGAUUUCAGCUUAUUUUAAAAGUUACAGGUCACAAAAUACAAGGAGUAAUAUAAAAUUUAAAUGUGAAAAUUUUUUAGAAGUUGGUAUGUUUGACUUGUAAGUUUGACAGCUGUCACAGAAAACAAAAUUGCUACACAAAAGUAUAUAUUUAAAUAAAGAAGACAUCACAGGCUAUUUAUUUAAGGGUAUUUUGACACUUUUUACAUAGCCUUUUUCCCACCAAUCUCUGCUACAUAUUGUAGUAAAAUUGUGUUUUUUCUGUUUUUUGAAAUACACACAUGUAACAAGGUUUUUUAAAUGUGUAUUUUGUAAAGCUGCUGUGUGCUAUUCCUGGUCAAAAUCCCAUUUUGUGUUCAGCAACAUCUGCUGAGUACAACAAUACCCCCAUUGUAUGUCUUUGCCACUAUUUUGGGAAGCUACAAUGAAAUAUAAGAGGCCAGACUAUUUCAGUUUCUACAGUUAGAAAAUUCAAAGAUGGAUUUAAUGGACCUAUGUCUUAUUUUGGGGCAUUAUAGUAGUUUGGUUGUUCAAAUGACCACACAAAGGCCUUCCAUUCGUGAAAGUAGACACUCCAUGGUAUCUCAUAUGGCAUAUAUUUUGCCUUAACGGUUCACCAUUUAUUCACCAUUAUAUGUCAAAAUUUGUGUUAAAAAAUAUUUUCCGCAUUUUUCCUUAAGCAUUACAUUUGUGCUGGGCAUUUUGUAUAUUUGAUAUGUUCCACUAUGGUCAAACACCCCUAAUUAUGCUCAGCUUAAUCUUCUGAGUAAAACAAUACCCCCAAUGUAUGUCUUUGACACUAUUUGGUGACGCUACAGUGCCAUAAAGGAGACCUGACCAUUUCAGUUUUUAGAGUAGAAUUUUCAGAGACGAAUUUGCAGGGCUUAUGUUUCAAUUUGGGCCAUUAUAGCAGUUUGACUGUUUCAAUAACGCAAAAAGGCCUACCAUUUGUAAAAGUAGACACUCCAGGGUAUCUCAUGUGGCAUAUAUUGUGCCUUAACAUGUCGUCAUUUUUUCGCCAUUAUAUGUCAAAGUUUGUGGUAAAAAAAUAUUUUUCGCAUUUUUUCCUUAAGCAUUACAUUUGUGCUGGGCAUUUUGUAUAUUUGAUAUGUUCCACUAUGGUCAAACACCCCUAAUUAUGCUCAGCUAAGUCUUCUGAGUAAAACAAUACCCCCAAUGUAUGUCUUUGACACUAUUUGGUGUCACUACAGUGCCAUAAAGGAGACCUGACCAUUUCAGUUUUUAGAGUAGAAUUUUGAGAGACGGAUUUGCAGGGCUUAUGUUUCAGUUUGGGCCAUCAUAGCAGUUUGACUGUUUCAAAAACCGCAAAAAGGCCUACCAUUUGUGAAAGUAGACACUCCAGGGUAUCUCAUAUGGCAUAUAUUGUGCCUUUACAUGUCGCCAUUUUUUCGCCAUUAUAUGUCAACGUUUGUGGUAAAAAAAUAUUUUUUGCAUUUUUUCCUUAAGCAUUACAUUUGUGCUGAGCAUUUUGUAUAUUUGAUAUGUUCCACUAUGAUCAAACACCCCUAAUUAUGCUCAGCUAAGUCUUCUGAGUAAAACAAUACCCCCAAUGUAUGUCUUUGACACUAUUUGGUGACGCUACAGUGCCAUAAAGGAGACAUGACCAUUUCAGUUUUUAGAGUAGAAUUUUGAGAGACGGAUUUGCAGGGCUUAUGUUUCAGUUUGGGCCAUUAUAGCAGUUUGACAGUUUCAAAAACCGCAAAAAGGCCUACCAUUUGUGAAAGUAGACACUCCAGGGUAUCUCAUAUGGCAUAUAUUGUGCCUUAAUAUGUCGCCAUUUUUUCGCCAUUAUAUGUCAAAGUUUGUGGUAAAAAAAUAUUUUCAAAUUUUUUCCUUAAGCAUUACAUUUGUGCUGGGCAUUUUGUAUAUUUGAUAUGUUCCACUAUGAUCAAACACCCCUAAUUAUGCUCAGCUAAGUCUUCUGAGUAAAACAAUACCCCCAAUGUAUGUCUUUGACACUAUUUGGUGACACUACAGUGCCAUAAAGGAGACAUGACCAUUUCAGUUUUUAGAGUAGAAUUUUGAGAGACGGAUUUGCAGGGCUUAUGUUUCAGUUUGGGCCAUCAUAGCAGUUUGACUGUUUCAAAAACCGCAAAAAGGCCUACCAUUUGUGAAAGUAGACACUCCAGGGUAUCUCAUAUGGCAUAUAUUGUGCCUUAACAUGUCGCCAUUUUUUCGCCAUUAUAUGUCAAAGUUUGUGGUAAAAAAAUAUUUUUUGCAGUUUUUCCUUAAGCAUUACAUUUGUGCUGGGCAUUUUGUAUAUUUGAUAUGUUCCACUAUGAUCAAACACCCCUAAUUAUGCUCAGCUAAGUCUUCUGAGUAAAACAAUACCCCCAAUGUAUGUCUUUGACACUAUUUGGUGAUGCUACAGUGCCAUAAAGGAGACCUGACCAUUUCAGUUUUUAGAGUAGAAUUUUGAGAGACGGAUUUGCAGGGUUUAUGUUUCAAUUUGGGCCAUUAUAGCAGUUUGACUGUUUCAAAAACCGCAAAAAGGCCUACCAUUUGUGAAAGUAGACAUUCCAGAGUAUCUCACAUGGCAUAUAUUGUGCCUUAACAUGUCGCCAUUUUUUCACCAUGAUAUGUCAAAGGUUGUGGUAAAAAAAUAUUUUUUGCAUUUUUAACUUAUGCGUUACAUUUGUGCUGGGCAUUUUGUAUAUUUGAUAUGUUCCAAUAUGAUCAAACACCCCUAAUUAUGCUGAGCUAUCUCCUGUGAGAAAAACGAUACCCCCAAUGUAUGCCUUUAGUCGUAUUUCCUGAUGCUACACUUCCAUAUAGGAGACCUGACCAUUUCAGUUUUUACAGAAUUUUAUAGGUUUAUGACUCAUUUUGGGUUCUAAUAGCAGGUUGCUUAUUCAAACUUUCCCCACAAAGGCCUACCAUUUUUUAAAGUAGACACCCCAGGGUAUUUCAAAAGGCCCAUUUUGAACCUUAGGGUGGAAUCAUUUUUUCGCUAGUGAGUACCAAGUCUAGUAGUAGUAAGCAUUUUCUCUGCCUUUUUGACACACACACUGAGAUUUUACUGCAUAGUUUACAAUCCUUAGGUGUGCUACGGCAGUAUAACGCUUCAUAUGUCACUCAGCUAUGUCGUCUGAGUACAGCAAUACCCCUGUGUGUACCUUUCCCAGGUAUAUGUGGAUGUUGGAGGGGCAAAUUUGAGACUCGGCAAUUUCAGGUCUGUUUCAAACUUUGAAUUUUUACGCUGGGUCCAUGUCCCAUUUUGGGGCAUUUGACAGGUUGAGAAUUCAAACUUCCCCCACAAAGGCCUACCAUUUUUUAAAGAAGACACCCCAGGGUAUUUCAAAAGGCCCAUUUUGAACCUUAGGGUGGGAUCAUUUUUUCGCUAGUGAGUACCAAGUCUAGUAGUAGUAAGCAUUUUCUCUGCCUUUUUGACACAUACUUUGAGAUUUUACUGCAUAGUUUACAAUCCUUAGGUGUGCUACGGCAGUAUAACGCUUCAUAUGUCACUCAGCUAUGUCGUCUGAGUACAGCAAUACCCCUGUGUGUACCUUUCCCAGGUAUAUGUGGAUGUUGGAGGGGCAAAUUUGAGACUCGGCAAUUUCAGGUCUGUUUCAAACUUUGAAUUUUUACGCUGGGUCCAUGUCCCAUUUUGGGGCAUUUGACAGGUUGAGAAUUCAAACUUCCCCCACAAAGGCCUACCAUUUUUUAAAGAAGACACCCCAGGGUAUUUCAAAAGGCCCAUUUUGAACCUUAGGGUGGGAUCAUUUUUUCGCUAGUGAGUACCAAGUCUAGUAGUAGUAAGCAUUUUCUCUGCCUUUUUGACACAUACUUUGAGAUUUUACUGCAUAGUUUACAAUCCUUAGGUGUGCUACGGCAGUAUAACGCUUCAUAUGUCACUCAGCUAUGUCGUCUGAGUACAGCAAUACCCCUGUGUGUACCUUUCCCAGGUAUAUGUGGAUGUUGGAGGGGCAAAUUUGAGACUCGGCAAUUUCAGGUCUGUUUCAAACUUUGAAUUUUUACGCUGGGUCCAUGUCCCAUUUUGGGGCAUUUGACAGGUUGAGAAUUCAAACUUCCCCCACAAAGGCCUACCAUUUUUUAAAGAAGACACCCCAGGGUAUUUCAAAAGGCCCAUUUUGAACCUUAGGGUGGGAUCAUUUUUUCGCUAGUGAGUACCAAGUCUAGUAGUAGUAAGCAUUUUCUCUGCCUUUUUGACACAUACUUUGAGAUUUUACUGCAUAGUUUACAAUCCUUAGGUGUGCUACGGCAGUAUAACGCUUCAUAUGUCACUCAGCUAUGUCGUCUGAGUACAGCAAUACCCCUGUGUGUACCUUUCUCAGGUAUAUGUGGAUGUUGAAGGGGCAAAUUUGAGACUCGGCCAUUUCAGGUUUGUUUCAAACUUUGAAUUUGCAUGCUGGGUCCAUGUCCCAUUUUGGGUCAAACUCUGAGGCACUGUCUGUCACCUCUGAAUCCGCUGUCAGAAUUCUCUAACUGUACUUCCAAAGCAUUUUAAACUUUUUACACAAGAACUUUAACAAAACAAUGUUAUUUUAUUUUUUUGUUGUUUUUUUUAAUUUGUAUUUCUACCCCUAGCAUACGCACUAAACUCCCCAAUUUCCUAGGAACUAUCAUCCACCCAAAUUAACUAAAUAAAAGGUAAAAAAAAAAUUGUAUUGAGAAUUUAUUGGCUCUGAGUAUGAAAUAAUUUAAAACAGUUCCCAAUACAAAGGCCAGGCUGAGAGGGACAAUCAGGGCAGUAGAAACUGGUCUCCGUUCGAAUGCCUCUCUGGUAACACAGCCUGCACCUUUUCUGGGGGGUCUUUUUUUGGGGGGUUGGUGGUAUCCGAAAGCAGAAGUGACCUGUCUGAAUAUCUCUGCUGCUAGGCCCUGCUGAUGGCUCCCCACUGUGGCACUCAGUGAGCAGCACAGAAAUGAGCUGAAACUGAAAUGUAAGAAAAGUACAUUUCAGCUGAGGAUUUGCCUUUUUGAAAAGGAUGAAUGCAUUGUGAGUAGCCAUUUGCAUUAAAUAAAUGCCCACUUUCUUAUACCAGGCCCUGGUCUUUCUCAUUAUCAGAUAUGGCUGCAGCAGUUGAUCAGACAGGUCAACUCCCCCCAUGUGUUUAUUGUAUUGCUUAAUGCAGACAGGCAGCCGUCUUGUUUCCUGUCUGCCACGAACUGCGACCCUGCGUGUGUGUUCACUGUGCAUGGUAGUCAGUAUGAAUACCUCCUUUUUGUCUCUGUAUUUCAGAGCCAGCAGUUCGUCCUGGCGUAGAGCAGCCGUUUCCCCCUUUUUAAUUUUUUUCUCUGCCAGAGCCUUGGGGAAGCCAGUGCGUGUCUUGCGGAUAGUGCCGCAGACCACAGUCUCAAAACAAUAUAGCAUUUUUUUGGAGGGGUAUGCUAUUGUAGUAAUUAUCAAGGUAGAGGUGGUACCCCUUGUUCAGUAGCGGGUUCAUUAGAUCCCAAACUAUUUUUCCGCUAGUCCCAACUACAUCAGGGCAACCUGGGGGAUCCCGGUGGCUAUCUUUACCUUCAUAUAUUCUGAAGGUAUAAACAUACCCACUGCUACUUUCACAUAACUUGUAUAGCUUGAUGCCAUACCGGGAUCUUUUGGCUGGGAUGUAUUGCUUAAACCCCAGUCUACCCUUGUAUUUCAUUAGGGACUCGUCAAUACAUAUAUUCUUUUGGGGAGUAUAAAUUAUGCCAAAUUCUUUAUUAAAAUGGUUAAUUAGGGGGCGGAUUUUAUAGAGUUUGUCAUACUGCGGAUGAUCUUUGGGGUGGCACUUCGAAUUAUCAUUGAAGUGCAGAAAACGCAGUACUGUUUCGUAUCUGGGCCUACUCAUGGUCUGAGAGAAAAUGGGAGUAUUGCAUACUGGGUUUUUGGACCAGUACAUUCGGAUGCUGGGCUUUUUUAUAAUUCCCAUUAGCAUGGUUAGUGCCCAGAACUGUUUUAACUCUGGCACACUGGUGGGGUACCAGCUCCCUUUUGUGGCAAGGUGACUUGUUGCAUUUUGUGCCAGAUACUGCAUAAAUAUUUGCUUGUGUAGCUAUCUGCCCUAAAAAAUCAUCCCCAAGGAACAGCUCCAUAAAAUCCUGGGAGUUAUAGCUGGUCACGUCUCCCUGAAUACCAGGAGUCGCAGUGAACAGAGGGAUGUCGGGGACAAAAUUGUUAGGGGGCACCCAGAUAUCAGCGCCAGGAGCAGUGCCAGGGGUAUCGUCACUUUCUUCAUCUGUGUCUGGCACAUAGUCACCCUCUGCACUCUCUGAGGCAGUGUCGGUUGCCUCUGAGUCGGCUGCUAAUAUAUUAUAUGCCUCCUCGGCACUAAACUUUCUAAGCAUGGUGAAAGCUUAAAAUUAACUUUAACUAAAUAACGUAUUUUUUUGUUUUGUUUUUUUAACUUUUUUUAUACUUUUUUUUGUUUUCUGAAUUUUUUUAAUACUUUUUAAAAUUUUUUUAAAACUCUUAAAAACUUUCUAAAACUUCUAAAAACUUUUUUAAAAAUGAACCCCUGUGGGUAAAAACAGGAAUCAGAUCACCGUGCUUACACCUAGCGAAGCAGAAAUGCUUUGACUUAAAAUAAACUACUUUUUUUUUCUUUUUUUUCCUUUUUUCACUUUUUUUUAUACUUUUAUAAACUUUUAAUAACUUUUAUAAACUUUUAAUAACUUUCUAAAACUUUUCAGCUUCCUAGCUACACUAAUGCUAGAUUCCCCAAUUCCCCCUAGCUUCAAUCCACCCCAGCUAACUAAUUAACUGAAAAUAAAAGUAAAAAAAAAAAAAUUAAAUAUAUUUAACCCCUGAGGGUUAAAAAGAAAAUAAAGUUAACCCCUGAGGGUUAAAAAAAAACUCUGAUCUCAGUAAAGUACUGUGAUCAGUAUUGUGAUCACUGCUGCCAGUGAUCAAAGGGUUAAACUUUUAAAGUUAAAGGGGGUAAAAGGUUUUUUUUAAACUUUUAAACACUUUGUGUCUGUCAGGGACACAAAGUUUCAAACGAUCCGUCUCUCUCCACUUCUAAUCACACACAGAGGUGGAGGGAGGAGGAUCAGAAUUCCCAGCAGCACUGUGAUCGCUGUGACUGGCUGUCACAGCGAUCACAUGUGCUGGGACAGCACUAUUGGCUGUUGCUGGGGUUCCUCAAACGCCGAGGCACCCAGCAACAGCGUUAACCCCACGAUCGCCACGAUCGCGGCGAUCUGGCAUUAACUUUAGUAAUUGACGGAAAUUUUCCGUCAAGCGUCCUUAAGGGUAGGUCUGCCUUGACGGAAAAUUUCCGUCCAGCCUCGUUAAGGGGUUAAACACUUUCGAUUUCCAAACAUGUUUAAAGCAAUACUGUUAUGUUUCUGCAUUCCAGCAGUGAGGGUGACUCUGCGUACACUAAUUAAAAUACAUGGUUAAUCUAUAUACUACAAUAACCUGCAGUGCCUUCUAUAGUAAAGAUAGUGCUACUGCUGGUUAUGGUGCCAGGAGUUCCUUGGUGCCCUUCCAGUGUUAUAGUAAGCUGUCAAACCAUUUUAGAACAGUUUGAGAAUUUACUUGGGUUAUCUGGACUCCCCUACUGCAUGUGGUCUUCACUAUGGAGGUCCGAGACAGCACCAUGCCUAUUGACUAAGAAUGCUUAACCAAGACUCUCAGACAAUGAGUAUGGCUGUUCACGACUGUUCAUCAGUAGAGUAGGUCAGUAGAGUUGCAUAGAGAAUCUGAAAGAAUGGGCCAUCAUAAAACAGUUUGAAAAAUAACUCUAGGUGAGCGCCAGAUCACUCCCCGGACCAUAAGCACUACUGCAGGAUUUAAUGGGUAUGGUUGUAUUCCUUUAAUAUACUUAAAGUGUAUAUUAUCUUGCUUACAAACAGUGUUUUUUGUAAACUAUGUUCGAAAGUAUACUAUUGGGUUCCUUAGAUAUACCUGUAAGCAAGGCACUUCUACACUUUUAAUGAUCAUAUUCCUCCUGUAAAAUAAAUGUUGCCAGAGAUUGUUUAAAAUAGAAUUAGAAUUUGGAAUGUUUCUGUUAAAGAUGAAUGAAUAAAUACAAAAAUGUGUACAUUGAGAUCAUUUUAUAUUUUCAGGUGUUCCUGACCAGCAAUAAUUUUAUUUUUUAAAUGAACAGAAGGUGGUAGAGAAAAUGUUCUCAAAUUACAUGCAUGUUACUUUUUUAUAUAGUUUAAUAUAAUUUAGACAUUUAAUUUAGUAACGUUUUGCUAUGUUGAAAUCAAUAGUGUUGAGAGGGCGUGGCCUGCCGAGGAGCUGAAUGGACAUGCACUAGCUCAGGUCUUUAACUUAAUCGGAGAUACCAAGAGAAAAUGGGGAACCCCAAAAGGCAAAAUAAUUCUCACAACGCAUCGGGGAAAACUCCUACACACAAAUCGGGCUCCUUAUCUAAAUUUCCUAAGGACACUGAGACCUGCGAGGGAGAUGACUAACGCUCCGGCGGAUUCCUCCCCCUAGCCCUGCACAGUCUGAUGGUUCCUUCACAUCGCAAGAACCUGACAUAAGAGAAAUACUCAGACAGCUACUCUUGAAGGCUGACCUGGCCACUAUGCUGGGUAAGCUGGAAUCAACAUUUCAAGUGAAACUGGAUACGCUGGGCUCAGACAUCCACCAAAUAGGCCGCAGAUUAAAAGAACUAGAAGAAGAGAGGGACGUGACCCAUUCCUAGAUUCUACAAUUAUCCUUGAUGCUUGAGACACACUCGCUGUUCCUGACAUCUAUCCUACGCUCCAUGGACAACCUCGAUAAUAGAGGUCGCCGGAAUAACCUCCGGAUAUGCGGAUUGCCUGAAACAAAAUAUGAGGACCUAUUUGCAACUCUCAUGGAACUCUUCAACAUACUACUAGGAGAACCCAGCGAUACUCUGAUCGCCUUUGACAGGGCUCACAGAUUUCCUAGACCAUGGAGUUCGGCUACAGAAGCACCAUAGACGUAAUCUGUCGCGUUCACUACUUCACAGUAAAGGAUCAUAUACUGCAAGUUCUGAGAGCCACAACACCCCCUCGCUAUUCCACAGCAACACAAUACAAAUAUAUCCAGACCUAUCCUGGCUCACACUCCAAGCCAGAAGAGCACUUAAAGCCAUCAAUGAACACAUCCGAAACCGCAAUUUGAAAUAUAAAUGGGGCUUUCCUUUCGAACUCAUUGUUAACCACAAGGGCAAUACUCACAAGUUACAAACUUUUGACUUCUACAGCGCAUACAGUGAGUUAAAAAAGUAUUUGAUCCCCUGCUGAUUUUGAACAUUUUCCCAAUGACAAAGAAAUGAUCAGUCUAUAAUGUUAAGGUAGGUGUAUUUUAACAGUGAGAGACAGAAUAAAAGAAAAAAAAAGAGAGAAAAAUGCAUGUCAAAAAAUACGUAUUUGACCCCUUCGACUUAGUACUUGGUGGAAAAACACCAAGCUGAAGGUUCAAGUUGCCUAUGUUGACAAUCACAGAGGUCAGACGUUUCUUGUCGUUGGCCACCAGGUUUGCACACAUCUCAGGAGGGAUUUUGUCCCACUCCUCUUUGCAGAUCCUCUCCAAGUCAUUAAGGUUUCGAGGCUGAUGUUUGGCAACCCGAACCUUCAGCUCCCUCUACAGAUUUUCUAUGGGAUUAAGCUCUGGAGACUGGCUGGGCCACUCCAGGACCUUAAUGUGCUUCUUAUUGAGCCAUUCAUUUGUUGUCUUGUUUGUGUGUUUUGGGUAAUUGUCAUGCUGGAAUACCCAUCCACGACUCAUUUCCAAUGCCCUGACUGAGAGGAGGUUCUUACCUAAGAUUUGACGGUACAUGGCCCCGUCCAUCAUACCUUUGAUGUGGUGCAGUUGUCCUGUCCCCUUAGCAGAAAAACACCCCCAAAGCAUAAUGUUUCCACUGCAUUCCUCUUCCUCCAAACACGGUUGUUGAGCUGAUGCCAAAGAGCUCAGUUUUGGUCUCAUUUGACCUUAACACUUUCACCCAGUUCUCCUCUGAAUCAUUCAGAUGUUCAUUGGCAAACUUCAGACGGCCUGUACAUGUGCUGGCUUGAGCAGGCGGACCUUUGUGGGCACUGUAGGAUUUCAGUCCUUCACGGCGUAGUGUGUUACCAAUGGAUUUCUUGAUGGCUAUGGUCCCAGCUGCCUUGAGAUCAUUCACAAGAUUUUGUGCAUUGUACGCUUCCUAGACCUGAGGACUGUGAACAAGCUGACCCGAUCCUGGGCAUCCUUUUCCCUCCCUACUUUGAGUAACACCUAUCACCAAGUCAUGAUUCUACCUAUCCUUUGACCAAGCAGGGAUAGAACUGAACACAUAUAAAUAAUGCCUUCACUUGUACGGCCACAGCUGAAUUGCCAGAUCAAGAACCUCUGGGUAUCUAACAACACUCUUCAGGUCGUAUGAUUUGAAGUGAUGCUUUGAUUUUUAUAUUAAUUUUCAUGGAUAUAUGUAUGCCUACCAUACAUUAACCUGCCGGACCUUGAUUGCAGUAAUAUAGGCUGCGAUUGGUGGGAACUCACUAAUGACCAAGUAGAGAUUACCCUCUCCCCCCAGGAUCACAGGGAAAGACGAAUACACCUGGAGACACUACUACACACAGAAGAGUCUUCCCUCCGUAUUCCUAGACAACGUACGCAAUAGUAAUAUAGAAUUGAUAAACCCCUACCCCACCACCCACACACAUGUGGACGUGAUAGCCCUUAUAAUUUCACUAACAAAAUCAUAUCUACAGUUGCAAUAAAAAGUAUGUGAACCCUUUGGAAUGAUAUGGAUUUCUGCACAAAUUGGUCCUAAAAUGUGAUCUGAUCAUCAUCUAAGUCACAACAAUAGACAAUCACAGUCUGCUUAAACUAAUAACACACAAAGAAUGAAAUGUUGCCAAGUUUUUAUUGAACACACCAUGUAAACAUUCACAGUGCAGGUGGAAAAAGUAUGUGAACCUCUAGACUAAUGACAUCUCCAAGAGCUAAUUGGAGUGAGAUGUCAGCCAACUGGAGUCCAAUCAAUGAGAUGAGAUUUGAGGUGUUGGUUACAGCUGCCCUGCCCUAUCAAAAACACACCCCAGUUCUGUUUUGCUUUUCACAAGAAGCAUUGCCUGAUGUGAAUGAUGCCUCGCACAAAAGAGCUCUCAGAAGACCUAUGAUUAAGAAUUGUUGACUUGCAUAAAGCUGGAAAGGGUUAUAAAAGUAUCUCCAAAAGCCUUGCUGUUCAUCAGUCCACAGUAUGACAAAUUGUCUAUAAAUGGAGAACAUUCAGCACUCCUGCUACUCUCCCUAGGAGUGGCCGUCCUGUAAAGAUGACUGCAAGAGCACAGCGCAGACUGCUCAAUGAGGUGAAGAAGAAUCCUAGAGAGUCAGCUAAAGACUUACAAAAGUCACUGGCAAAUGCCAACAUCCCUGUUAGCGAAUCUACAAUACGUAAAACACUAAAGAAGAAGGGAUUUCAUGGGAGGAUACCACAGAGGAAGCCACUGCUGUCCAAACAAAACAUUGCUGCACGUUUACAGUUUGCACAAGAGCACCUGGAUGUUCCACAGCAGUACUGGCAAAAUAUUCUGUGGACAGAUGAAACCAAAGUUGAGUUGUUUGGAAGAAACACACAACAUUAUGUGUGGCGAAAAAAAGGCACAGCACACCAACAUCAAAAUCUCAUCCCAACUGUGAAGUAUGGUGGUGGGGGCAUCAUGGUUUGCGGCUGCUUUGCUGCGUCAGGGCCUGGACGGAUUGCUGUUAUCGAAGGAAAAAUGAAUUCCCAAGUUUAUGAAGACAAUUUGCAGGAGAACUUAAGGCCAUCUGUCUACCAGCUGAAGCUCAACAGAAGAUGGGUGUUGCAACAGGACAAUGACCCAAAACAUAGAAGUAAAUCAACAGAAUGGCUUAAACAGAAGAAAAUACGCUUUCUGAAGUGGCCCAGUCAGAGUCCUGACCUCAACCCGAUUGAGAUGCUGUGGCAUGACCUCAAGAAAGUGAUUCACACCAGACAUCCCAAGAAUAUUGCUGAACUGAAACAGUUCUAUAAAGAGAAAUGGUCAAGAAAUACUCCUGACCGUUGUGCACGUCUGAUCUGCAACUACAGGAAACGUUUGGUUGAAGUUAUUGCUGCACUGUGAAUGUUUACAUGGUGUGUUCAAUAAAAACAUGGCAACAUUUCAUUCUUUGUGUGUUAUUAGUUUAAGCAGACUGUGAUUGUCUAUUGCUGUGGCUUAGAUGAUGAUCAGAACACAUUUUAGGACCAAUCUGUCCAGAAAUUCAUAUCAUUUCAAAGUGUUCACAUACUUUUUAUUGCAACUGUAUACUCAGGAUUCACCCUGAUUCGAGUAUUGUUUAUUACUAUUUCCCUGCUUUCCAAACCAGGGAAAGACCCUACAAACUACGGUAGUUAUAGAUCCAUUUCACAAAAAAAUAUAGACCUCACAAUUUUCACAAAAAUCCUGGUGAAUAGAUUGAAGACAUUGCUUCUGGGACUAGUCCACCCACACCAGUUGGGCUUCAUGCCAGGCUAGGAGGCCAAAAAUAACACCACUAAACUCAUAAAUCUGAUGCACUGGGUGAGGAAGACCAAGAUGCCAAAUGCUUUACUCGCAGUCGAUGCUGAAAAGGCACUAAAUAGCAACAAUACAAUACAUGGACUUCAGUCCACACUGGACUAACUGGUUGAGGGAUGUAUACUCAUCCCCCACUUACAUAUUAAUGGACAACUUUCCAGUCCGGUUAAAAUCCCUAAUGGCACAAGUCUGGGGUACCCCCUGUCCCAUCUCAAAUUUAUACUAGUGCUUGAACUGUUCUUGCAGGGUAUCAGGGACAACCCACAAAUCCAAGCCUUUCAAAUGAAGGGGGAAGAGUACAAGGUCGCCACAUUUGCGGAUGAUCUUCUAUUCAUAAUCUCUGAUUUAUUAAACACAUAUCCUGAAGGAAAUGGAUACAUACAACAAGAUAUACAAUUUUAAGGCUAACCUAUCCAAAUGGAAAUUAAUGCUGCUAAACACCUCCCCAGACACCGAAACUUAAUUGAAACAACACUUCCAUUUUUAAUGGGCAAACACAGACAUCAAAUAUUUAGGGGUGCACUUACCCCGCAGGAUUGAUCGCUUGUAUGAGCAUAACUUCCACCCACUACUAACUGCAAUUGCCAAAGACCUAAAGACAUGGCACAAACCACAAUUUGGCUGGUUCUGCAGACUCAACAUCCUUAAAAUUAAUGUGCUACCCUGCAUACUGUACUUCUUCAAAACAAUCCCUUUAAUGCUCAAGAAAGUAUUCUUUAACACCGCUAGGAAAAUUCUCACAUUGUUCCUCUGGUCAUAUCAACACCCACGCCUAGCAUAUUCCCUUCUCACUAGACCACAAACAGAAGGGGGACUAGGAGUUGCUAGGAUGUAUGAGUGGACAGAUGCACACUAGACCUACGAAUGUGUCAGGGUUGAAGUAUUUUUCUUCGAGGUCCCCAUCCAUACAAUCACGUGGCACAAGCCUAGCCAUUCGUUUGUAUGGCACAAACAACACCCAACCAUCUCUGCCAUGCUCAUAGUCUUGGAAUCCAUUAGACAAACUGAAUACUUGCCCCCCUACCCCUCCAUAUGGUUGUCGGGUAAAAAGUACCAGCUCUAUCACACUACACCUUCUCUCAUGCUUCAAACAAUCUUACAAAAGAGUGGAAUUAAACUACUAUCCCAAAUUCUCACAUCACAACCCCACAUAGGCAACCAACAUCUUGAAUACCCACAACUGGUCCACUUUCUUCAAUGCAUCAAACCGAAAGCCAACAGAGAUCCCACCAAAUAUGAACAGCUGUGCCUACAACACUGAAAAAGAAACUUCUUUCCUCCAUGUAUGACCUACUUUUAUCGACCCAAACAAAGGUUCUCCCACACUUCACAGAGAAGUGGUCAGAAGAAUUACAAACACCACACCAAGCCAGUGAAAAAUGAUAUUCCUACGGGCACACAAGGCUUCCACGAAUCUUGUCACUCAGGAAAGUAAUUACAAUUGCCUCACCCGCUGGCAUUAUACCCCAGCAAAAAUUCACAAACUGCUUAAUAUGACAACAGAUGAGUGUUGGAGAUACCACCAAGCCAACGCACACACAUCACACAUAUGGUGGCACUGCCCCACAAUCCAUAAAUUUUGGAAACUUAUACACACACUCAUACAGGCAAUCACUUCAUCGAAAAUCUUGUUCUCCCCAGACUACAUCCAGUUCCUCUCACCCCACACAGACCUAAGGACACACAGGUCCAAGCUGAUCAUGCAGCUAUUCAUUGCAGCAAAUCAACUAAUUCUGGAAACAGGCAUACAUCCCCUCCCCCCCCCCUUAAGGGACUGAAUACAAAGGGUAGAAAAAGUAAAACAAAAUAAAGAGAUCACCUACUCCAUUGCAAAUAAUUACACGAAAUUCAUACAAAUCUGGGGACCAUGGACCCACCUUGAACUUGGAUCAUUACCUCUAAUACCUAGUAGCCACAUGAUACAUGACUUAUUUUACCAGGUUUCUUAAGUUACCCACAGGCUUGGCACCCCUCUCUACACCAACUUUUCCCCACAGUAAAUAAUACCAGUAUCAUUCUUAGCCACUCCAACCUACUAUUUCACACCUGAUAGAGGUCGCACGGAAAUUAAUGGAAAUUCAUUAACGUUAAAUUCAUAGGCAUGUCAAGGUUAGCAUUAACAACACUGUUAUACCUGUUACCCUACUCAGAAAAACUUGUUUAGUAGUCAGUAGAUAAUACUUUUUCGUUACUACACCAUGGGUUGUACAAUUUGCCACGUUUGCUAUACAUCAGAAGUAUAAAUUCAAUGUCUUAUCUAAUAUAUAGCAUGUACCACAUAUAUUGUGCCUAGAUGAACCCUGUUAGUGUAUAUUGUUGUUCAGAUCUUGAAUGAGAGAUAUUCUAUUUCUGUAACGCAAAUCAAUGAUAUGUACAAAGAAAUGUUACCUUCUUGUUACCUUCUUCAUAUGUCAUUAUAUGUAAUUACAAGCGAAAAACAAAAUAAAAACUAUAUAUAUAUAUAUAUCUCAAAUCUAUUGUGUUUUUCAGUCUGGAAUGCCCAGUCAAUUCUAGUAAUUCUUACAUAAUUUAGGAUAAAAGUGGGAUGUUGCUUGGAGUCUACAUUAAAAUAUAAUUCUUUUUUUUGGAAAGUCAAGAUGUGCAUGCUGAAUUAGUGCAUUUCAGGAGUUGUAGGAAGAAAGAAUCAGAUCUGUUUGUUGCAAGAGUGUGUAGAUAAAUAAUCACAUGCUGAGUAGGAAUGGAUAACCCCCCCAGCCUGCAAAAUACCAUAGGAAGCCACAGAGAUUACUGGAUUUCUUUCUAUUUCCUUGUUUCUCAAUUUGCGUUGAACAUUUUACCAUGGACACCGACUAAUAUGGUGUCCUAACCAAGAGUCAAACCUGGGUUUCCCAGUUCUAAGGCAGUGCCGUCACCACUAACCUAACAGUAAGGACAGUUUUUGGGGUAAGCUAAACAUCUUACAUUGGUAAUUUUGUAAAACUGGCAUGUAACACAUUUUUGUCUUAAAAUCUUUUUGUGUGCUGUGUCCUUCUUGCAGUGCAGAAUUGAUGAUAUAUUCAGGUAGGUUAAAUCCAUUCUAAGUUAAGUUUAUCAAUAAACAUAUUAUGUGGUAUUAAUUAUCAGGGUGUGUGGCCAUUCCAAAAGGCAUAGAUUUAUUAGCAGGGUAUGGAAAUAUGGAGCAAGCUUUAAAGCUUUGAGAAAUGGUGUGGAAUGUAACCUUUCUUCCCAUUUUCAGGUCAUUAACGUAAUUGGCGUAUCAGUUGGUACUGGAUUGUCUGCAGCAUGCGAUACUCUUAUAUCUCAGGUAUGAUUACAGAGGAGCUUGAUAUAUAUUUUGUUGGUAUAACUUCCUAAAUAUAUUUUGAUUUAAUAGCUGUAUAUGAAAGAUAUAGCACCAUCAAGCAUUAUUUAAAUAACACAAAUUAUUUCACUUUUUAACCAUUAUACCAAUGGCUCUUCAUAGUUUUCUGACAGGGACCUUAGAUUGGUAUCUGAUUUUCCAAUGUUAAAAUUAGAUCAGAUACUUAUUUUUUAAAGGACAACUGUCAUCACAUUUUGACUUCGCAUUUUUUUUUUUUAAAUUAUUAUAUUUAAUAAAGGUUAAUGAUAUUUUGUAUGUUGAUGUAUAUUGGGUUUUAUUUUAAGAAAAUUUUACCUUUUUAUCUGGGGGAACAGCCAUGUUGUGUCACACUCUAUGUUAUUGACCAACUGCUGCUCAACCUAAGGUGCCUGCUGCUGUGAUUUCUCCUUUUCCAGCAAUCCCCUUAGCUUCUAAAACAAUUGUAUUCUGUGUAAUGGGGACUGCUUGUGGUAUUUGUGUGUUGCAUUUAUGGUAGGGCUGUGUUUCAUUCGUGGGAGGUGGCCAGGUGGCCUAGUUGAUUCCCUGGUAGUUCAGUGGGCUGCUGGUGCUGCUAAACCACCAGGGAAGGAUUUCUAAAGAUCCACUGGCGAGGAUGAACCCUAAAGGCAUACCAGCAACAGCAACCUGAUCUCUUAACAGAAUUUCAAUGCAGUUGUCAUCUUGGUCAGAGUGUUCCUCAGGCCUAAACAGGCAGAGAUUCAGCAGAUUCUCAAGUUAGUGAGUGAAUGUACAGAGUAUGUGGAGCAUUUGUUAAUUUUUAACAUGUGUUGUAUUGAAAAUAUUGCAUUUACAAAUCCUACAGCUUGGAAAUUACUUGCUUUGUAAGAGGUUCUUGAACUAAAAGUGUACAGCCAAGUAGAACAGACUUAAUGACUCACAAUAUUUGAUUAAACAAGAAGCACGUUGAAGAUUUUGAAAAAAUCUUUGGAAAAUACAAAACAUACAGCCAGACUUAGUAGUAAAAUGCAGAUAUUUUUAAGUCUCCAUGGAUGGAGAGAUGAUACAAUGAAACAAACAACAUAAAGAUAUCUAUAAAAUGCAUAGAGCUGAGUAUAAUACAGAGAUAAUCAUACCACAAUCAAAGCUGAGAAAAAAAUAGAGAUGUAAUACGUUGGAUGCUGGGAACAGCACAAAGAUAUCUAUACAAUACACAGCGCUGGGUAGACUACAUAGAUACCUAUACAUUAGGCAGAGCUGAAUAAAAUACUGAGAUACAAUACACAGAGGUGGUAAAUUAAGGAGAUACUCGUGACUAUCCCACACAGCCAGGAUCACAGUAAUGGAUUACACAGAGCUGUAAUACAGAGAUCCCCACACAGUACAUGUCUCCGUAUAAUGUUACAUCUCUCUCUGUCUUUCUUUCUAGCCCUCUCUUAGCGCUCUCUUUCAUGAUCACAUCUUCAGCAGUGCUAUUUUAGCUUUAGUUUUCUAUUAAAUAUCGCUGCUAUUGUGAAACAUGUCAGCUGCUCAAUUAGCUCUCAGCACACAGUGUGCACAUGGUUAAAGCAUCAAGAUACUGAUAGACUCCAACCAUUUCAGCUACUCCUUACUCACUAUUAGCUCUCAGCACACAGUGUACACCGGGUUAAAGCAGCAGGAUACUGAUAUCCUCCUUACCUUUGCAGCAGGAAAUAUAAUUAAAGGACCACUAUAGGCACCCAGACCACUUCAGCUUAAUGAAGUGGUCUGGGUGCCAGGUCCAGCUAGGGUUAACCCUUUUUUUUAUAAACAUAGCAGUUUCACAGAAACUGCUAUGUUUAUGUCAGGGUUAAUCCAGCCUCUAGUGGCUGUCUCUAGUGGCGGCACCGUUAAGGCACUAUAGUGCCAGGAAAAUGAGUGUUUUCCUGGCACUAUAGUGGUCCUUUAAACUAAAGUGGUAAUGUGGAGUCAAUAAGUAGCUGACAUCAGUGGCGUACCUACCACGGUCGCAUGGGUCACACCUGCGACCGGGCCCCUCACUGCAGGGGCCCGGCCACAGCCACAACCCCUACGACCAUGGGCCGCCUAGAUGCUGCUCCCUCCAUGUUCCCCCUUUCAUAGGGGGGCCCAAGAGGUGGCCCACUGGCCACCUAAUGAACCCCCCCCCCCCGGCAGGCGGCAGAGUUCAUGUCUUCUUUAUGCCAUUUAAAAAAGCCUAUAUUGGUGAAACACGUAAUGGUUAUUUUAUAUUGUGUAUUUUAGAUCAAUUAAAGUUUUUCGGUUACUUAACUGUGCCAAUUCUCUUUUUAUUGCAUUUCUAUGCACUUUUACUAUUUUUACUUUCCUGGCUUUUUACUGCUGUUCCUGAACUUAAAGAAAUCUGAUGUGGGGAUCAUACCACCUGCGGCUUAUUAAUAGAGCAGUGUUUCUGCUCUAUGCCUGUGAGUAAUAUUUUAUUUACUUUUACUCAGUUUUAUCUAAUUGAGAGCACUAUUAUCGCCUCUUUUUAUUCCCUAUUGGAGCUGUGGAUGACCAGACGGUGCUGACAGACGCAUUGUCCUCACAUAUCCCAUAAUCGGGGAUUAUACCGCUGUACGCCCCUCACCCCAGAACUGGCCAUAGCUCUUUUAAAUGUGAGUUCUCUACCUCCUAUGACUAUUUUACUCUUUGCAUUUUAGACUUAUUGUACUAUUGGAUGCCCUUGUCUCUGUUUUCCUCUCUAUAUAUGAACACCCUGAGACUUUAGGACGCACCCACCCCCACUGAAGAGUCUACUUAUCCACAUUCCAUCAAGCACUCUCUCUCUAGUGAGACUCUUUUGGACUAGUUUACGUUAUCCUAUCUCUCUACUAGCGCAGCCCUACCCCAUUUUUUGUAUUGUUUUAUCUAUUUGUUGAAGGAUUUAAGGGGUCUCCUUCAUUUGGGUUGCUGCCCAUCCACAUAUUGACUGUAAAUUAGCGCUGAUUUCCUGUUGUAUUUUGUGCAUCCAUUUUAAUCGCUUUAGCUUGCUUAUAUUAGUUCGGCAAGGAGCCGCCUGAUGUAGUGCGGCAUUUCAUCCGUGCUUACAUCUGCAGGGAUGCCCCUUAAUUUCAAGUUGUGGCAUCUUCUCUGAUCCUUCAGUAUCUCUACUCGGGUGUGCGUAGUUCGCUGAGCCCGUUGAAUCUCCUCCAAUUUAUUCUCCAUUGAGGUCAGCCUAGAGUCUUGAGCACUUGUUGUGGUUCCAGCAGUGUGAUUCUAGUGGUUACACUUUGAUGGAGGGCUUAAAUUGUGAGAUGUUUGCAGCUAUACCUGUGCGCAGUUCCCCCAGCAUAGUUUUGAGAACAGCCGCUAUCACCGGCUCAUGAUCUUCUGCAGCGGGCGCAGGAUUUCCCCCAGGCAUUGUGCCAUAGGCUGUGCCUGCUUCUGUGUCCUCUGUAAAAUCUUCUGAUGAGAAAAAGGAGCCUUCAUCAGGCAGCGCCAUUUUGGACCAUGCAGCCUUAUGCGGGUGCCGAAAGAGAUUGCUGAUAUCCCAGCUAUUCUGCGUCUUUUCUGCCCUGGAUUUUUUAGUUUUGCAGUCGUUAAUACUGACUCAGGGUUAAGUUCCACUCCGUCCGGGUGAAUAGUAUAGCAGAAAUCUGCAAUAUUCUGUUGUUUCUCAGCGGAGCGCAUUAAGCUUGAGACUGCUCUGAUCCGUUGCUGGCUCCGCCCACCAUAUGUGUCAGCGUUUAUAUGCUUCAGGUGCACUACGGGAAACUGUGACCUGAACUAAGUAAAAUUAUAAAAUUGUUAAAUUAUUUUCAUAAAAAAAACAAAAAAACAGCUUUCACUGAUUACUGUUAUGCAGAACACAUUUUAAAGUGGAUGAUGUAGUUCUAUCUUGUUAAUUAAGAAUGCUCUACCAUUCAAUUGUUGCCAUUAGUGGGGAAAUAUAUAAAAGAUUCACACAGAAAAGUGGGGCAAAGUUCCAUGGUGAUUUUUCCACUUUAUAGAACGUUCCCUCCUUUGGGGAAACAUUUAACUCUUUAACUUUUAACUUAACUUCUUUUUUGUAAAUUUCCUCAUAAAAGAUCGUUAUGUUAAAGAAAAAGUUACUAAUUUCUGCUACCUGUAAUAUUACUAAUUAUAAGUAAAUGAGAGAUUGUUAGAUUUAAAAAAAGUAAUUAUCUAAAAAGUAUCCUGUCUGUCUGUUUUCAUAUGACUGUAACCAAUAAUUUGUUUUUUUAUCAAAUUUCAAUUAUUGUUUUUUUUUUUCUUUCACUCCAUUCCUUUCAGACAUAUGGAAGUAAGAACUUGAAACGCAUUGGGACUAUUUUACAGAGAGGGAUUAUUAUUCUAAUGCUGUUCUGUUUCCCCUGUUGGGCCAUAUUCAUUAAUAUUGAACACAUCCUUCUGCUCUUCAAACACAACCCGGACAUUGCCAGGUUAACGAUGCAAUAAUUUUUCUUUUGUGACACAUCACAUUUGUUUCAUACUUUACAAUCCAGUUGUGGCAAGACAAAUAGUGCAUUUUGACAAGUUUAAGAAAACAAUUUUAAAUAUUUAACAAAAGGUGAUCUGACCUGUAUUUCUGUGACUAAAUAAUUUGGAGCAUUUCAUAUUGGGUAUUUAUCUUCAUAACUCCUUUUUUUUAUCUUUUACCAAUUUUUUUUUCUUUUUAGGAUUAAUUUAUUAAGUGAGAAUUUGAAGUGAAUAUCAAAUUUAAAGGAAACUGUGGCAAAACCAGCCACUUCAGCAUGUAUUUUCAUGUGUGUGAUGCUAUCCCUUUAAGGACUAUUAGAACCAAGGUGAUAGCUGUAUAUGUGUAGUGUGCGAACAAGUGCAUUCGUAUGCUGGUGGCGAGAAAGUCCCAGCAUUCAUACAAUAGUUUCCCGAACAGGGUAUAUCAACCCUGUUCGGGAAACAAACUAACUACCGAAUGGGAGACCACACUCAGGAGGUCGUGUGUCUCCCAUUAAAGAUUGCAACAAUGUUUCCUUCGGUGAUUAUUGGGUUUCAGGGUAGAGUGGUUCGGCUACCGACCACGCGGCGAUCGGCCAUCUUGGAUCCUUUGUUAGCCCAGCGGUAUUUGGUCGUCGAGCGUCUGGAACUAAAAUCAGCUACUCGACAGCAUGAUUACCGCUGGACUUCCAGGCCGUUCGGGAGCCCCGGUCGUUCGGUAGUUUGUUCCCUUAAUGUCAAUCGGUACUUUGAAUGUAACUUGAAACUAAUGUGUGUUUCUUGCGGCGUUCAGUUAGUUAUGCUGGGAUCUGAGCGGCCUUCUCACGAACUGUGCGUUCAGACCCCAGCUAUCUACCUAAUGUCCAUUCAUUUAAAUCAAGUGAAUAUUAUAAAAGUUAUGCAUUUUCAUGUAAAAUGUCAGUUCUGCUGCAUGGAGGGAUAAUCCACUUAACUGUAUAUUCUAGUGGGAGUAUCCCUCUUGUACAGCAGUGCAUGGUGGUCCCCUACUGUACCACCCCUGGAAUGUCAGUAGGGAAACCUCUUGCAUAUAUACGGUGACCUGUGAUUAAAAGCUCAGUUGACUCCCAGCCUAUGUGUCGUCUAGUUCUUGGGAAGGAGGAUUUAUACAAUGCUACCGGGAUUAUUGCAUUCUGUACUUAUUUUUCUUGAAGGAUUCUAUGAUGUUCCUGUUACCCAGCGGAGAUAUUGUGGAUUAUACUACCUCUCCGCUACAAAAACAUAUAAUCGAACUAGAAAAAGUAUCUAAGCAAUCCGUGCUUCCAAUUCUGCCUUUGGUCUUAAAUUUGAAAUUUACUAACAAUUAACUUUGAAUUCUCAUUUUAGUAAGUAUCCCUGAGAGUGCCCAGGCAUCUGCUGCCUGCCUCAUAGGAAAUUUAACUCGGUAACUCCUUAAAAAAGAAAAAACACAAAGUUUUAGAUGCAGAGAUCAGAAGGGAAAAAAAACUUAGCCACUCUUUUGGGACAGUCUGCCUGUAACUGUGUGUGUCUGAGAUUGUCUGCUUGUAAUUAUGUGUGUGUGUGACUGUCUCCCUGUGUCUGUGUGCGACUGUCUGUGACUGUGUGUGGGUGACUGCCUGUAUCUGUGACUCUGUGAGUGACUGUUUGUUUGUAACUGUGUGUGUCUGCCUGUAAAUGUGUUUGUGUGUCUGUCUGCUUGAAAUUAUGUGUGUGACUGCCUGCAUCUGUGACUGUGUGUGACUGUUUGCUUGUAACUGUGUGUGUCUGCCUAUAAAUGUGUAUGUGACUGUCUGCCUGUGACUGUGUUUGUGUGAAUGUCUGCCUGAAACUAUGUGUGUGACUGCCUGUAGCUAUGAUUUUCUGACACAACACCGCGGGGCCAUGCAUGUGUGAACUAUGUACUGCCAUGGCGGCCGUAAACCUCGCACACCCUUAAAGCUGGCCCUGCCUCCAAGACUUUCUAUAUAAGUUCUGCUGCUUAUCCUGAUCAGUUGCAUAACUCUCCUUCUCAUGCAAAGUGCCUUAGAUCAGUAGCCAAAUUUCUGCCCAAUUACAUUGUGAACUGUUUGUUGAAAAUUUAACAAACAGAUCACAAGCAAGUUUUACUUGCAUGACAAUUAUUUCAGAGUGAGAGAAAAUACAGUUGAGGCAAUUCAGUAAUUGCCAGAUUUUGAUAAAAUCUAGAGAACAUAACUGUAUUCCGACUGCAAUGGCAAUGCUAAUAUUUACUAAAGCUAAUUCCAGUCGGAAUUCAGUCAGGCCAACAAAAUUGGCAACAAUCUGCAAGAUGCUUUAGUGUGUGGUUUUAAAUCGGUGCUUCCACAUUAGAAAGCUAUACGAAUUAUUGGAUCCAAAAUAUGUACAAAGUUGCAAAUUUAAAGGACCACUAUAGUGCCAGGAAAACAUACUCGUCGGGCUCUGGGGAGAGGAAAAGGGUUAAACUUACCUUUUUUCCAGCGCCGAGCUGGGAGCUCUCCUCCUCCUCUCCGCCUGCGAUCCUCCUCUUCGGCUGAAUGCGUACGCGCGGCAGGAGCUGCGCGCGCAUGCAGCCGGUCUCAUAGGAAAGCAUUUACAACGCUUUCCUAUGGACGCUUGCGUCUUCUCACUGUGAUUUUCACAGUGAGAAGCACGCAAGUGCCUCUAGCGGCUGACAAUGAGACAGCCACUAGAGGAUUUGGAGGCUGGACAUUUUUUUUUUUAAAAAGGGUUAAUCCUAGAGGGACCUGGCACCCAGACCACUUCAUUAAGCUGAAGUGGUCUCGGUGCCUAGAGUGGUCCUUUAAACUAGAUUGGGACAGAGUACAUCCAGCAGGAUGCACAUUUACAAGUUAUCGUUCACUUGCUUUUAUGCAAGUGAACAAGAGUUUGAAGUACUAUUGCCUGCUGGCAACAGCAGCAUGGACUACUGCUCACUGUAAAUAAAAACUAGCAACUUUUUUGUGUGACUUAUACACCCCAUCCCAUGGAAAUGGGGAUAGACAGAUGACAAAAAAAAACUUUGGAUGACUUGCUUAAAACGGCACUGUCACCCCCCCUACGUCCACUCCAAAAUGAGUAUUUCAUAAAGAUAGAGUCUUAUUAUUAUUAUUACUACUAUUAUUAUUAUUAUUAUUGUCAUUAAUAUAGUGCCAACAGAUUCUGUAGUGCUUUACUAUAUUAUGAGAGGGGCGAUUUAACUUUAAAGAGGACAGUUACAAGAAAACUUACAGGAAUGAUAGGUUGAAGAGAGCCCUGCUCAAAAGAGUUUACAGUCUAUAGGAGGUGGGGUAUAAAACACAUUUGGAGAGGAAAUAGCAAUCAAAUAAGAUGGGAAUGAAGCAGAGCUGGAGGAGAGAGUAGAGUAGAGAGCUGCCCUUUAGGAAAGAACAAGAGACAGGUAGAGGUUACUCUGGGAGGUAGAGGUUACUGUGGGAGGCCAUAAUAUUUCCUAAAGAGAUGAGGUUUAAGCACUUCUUAAACGAUUGAAGACUAGGGGAGAGACUGAUGGCGGUAGACAGGCUAUUCCAUAGGAAGGGAGUUGCCUGCGAGAAGUCCUGCAAGCAUGAGUUGACCGCACGGGUGCGAGCAGCGGACAGGAGAAGGUCACGGGUAGAGCGAAGAGACCGCAAAGGUGUAUACCUAUUGAUCUGUGAAGAGAUAUAAGAGGGGCUAGAAUUAUUCAGUGCUUUAUAGUUAGCACUUUGAAUUGACUCCUAUAAGAUAUAGGAAGCCAAUGUAAGGACUGACAGAGGGUUGAGGUGUGAGAGGACCGACUAGAGAGGAAAAUCAGUCUGGCAGCAGCAUUCAUUAGAGACAGUAGCGGGCAAUAUGGCUUUUGGGAAGACCAAUUAGAAGAAGGUCACAAUUACUAGAGCAUGGACCAGCUCCUUGGUAGCAUCUUGCGUAAGAAAGGGACGGAUGCAGGCUAUAUUUUUAAGAUGGAAUCUACAGGAUUUGGCAACAUACUGGAUAUGAGGCUCAAAGGUAAGUCAAGAAUCAAGUAUGACACCAAGAAAUACUCAGAUGAUAAACUGAGGCAAAGUAGGGACGCUUUGCAACUGGCUCUGUCAGUUUGCCCACAUGGCUUUCUUGGAGUGAUUGCUGUACUGUGGAGCCUGACUGAACACUUUUUUUGCUAUAUCAAUACCUACCAUUUCUUCUUUAUUGAGAAUAUUUUAUCCAGAAUAUUGUAGCAUGCUUGGGAAGUUUAGUCUAGUAUAUGUGUCCUCGAAGGCACACUCAGGGAUAUUUUCUUAGAGGCUCUAUCUCUCCUUAUUUACUUGAUCUCUCUCUGCUAUUAUUUUCUACCCUUAUUUCUGAAGCAUCUGUUUGAUUCUGAUACAACUUGAUACUAACUAUACAUUGUGUGACCUUACAUACAAAUAGAUACUAACUUUACACUGUGUGUCCUUACAUACAAAUAGAUACUAACUUUACACUGUGUGUCCUUAGAUUCAAAUAGAUACUAACUUUACACUGUGUGUCCUUACAUACAAAUAUAUACUAACUUUACACUGUGUGUCCUUAGAUUCAAAUAGAUACUAACUUUACACUGUGUGUCCUUACAUACAAAUAGAUACUAACUUUACACUGUGUGUCCUUAGAUUCAAAUAGAUACUAACUUUACACUGUGUGUCCUUACAUACAAAUAGAUACUAACUUUACACUGUGUGUCCUUACAUACAAAUAGAUACUAACUUUACACUGUGUGUCCUUAGAUUCAAAUAGAUACUAACUUUACACUGUGUGUCCUUACUUGGAUACUUAUUAUUUGCUUUGAUUUCUUACCUCCACUUGAAAAAGCCUUUUAAGAUGAAACACGUUGUGGUUUUUAUCUGGAUAUUUUAUUAUGUAUGAAUAAAAGUAUUUUGGUUACUUCCGGUGCCAUUUUACUCUUUUUUAUUCUACAUUUUAUUUUUGUUACUAUUUUAUUAUUUUUAUCCUGUACUGCCUGGCACCUGAUUUUAUUUCCAGUGAACAUCACUUCCCAGCAAUAUCCUUGGUGGGGAUUAUUCCACCCACGCCCUAUCCAUAGAGCAGUUUGCCUGCUCUGGAACAAGUGAGUAAAAUAUUCGCUAUAUAUAUUCCUGAUAUUUUAAACUGUGAGCACUAUUUGUCAUUUAUUUUGAUAUUUUAUGGUCCUCACCCAACUGAGAAGCCAUAUUCACAUAUCAUUUAAACCCUUAAGGACACAUGACAUGUGUGACAUGUCAUGAUUCCCUUUUAUUCCAGAAGUUUGGUCCUUAAGGGGUUAAAGUGGGGAUUGUAUCACUGCACGCUAUCUACACUGGAGCUAGUUCUGGCUCCAUAAAAUGUAAGGAUAUCUAUUUUAUAUUUUAUACUCUCCCUGCCAGUACAUACUGCACCAUCAUCUCCUUUCUUUUUCCAUAUAUGGAUUCACUGCUGAUCAUCUCUGACAUCCCCAUAAGAGAAUCCUUCUUAAACCUCCGGAUACCACCCCUGGCUAUUGUACAUUUGCAUUCAUAUUGAAAUACCAGUUUUGGACUUUUUGCUACCUCUGGACUUUAUAAUCCAGACAUUUUAGUAUAUAAUCAUAUUUUUCCUAUUUAAGUUGUUUCCCACUGUACCUUAGGUAUUUCUACUCUGUGUCUCUACCCCUUCUGUUGUUUUUACUUUGUUUACUGUCUCCAUAAGCAGGAAAGAGGGAUCCCUACUUUUGGUGUUAUAUGUCUCCCAAUAUAUUAUUACUAGCAGGUGUUGUCAGUGCUGUCCCUUUCUCUAUAUCUCUUAUUUCUCUGCUAGUGCCCUAAUCAUUAUGCCAAAUAACAUGUAUUUACGACAGGAUGGGUUUACAUCCAUUUGAUUAGAGUGUUAUUGAGAACAUUAAUACCUUUUUCUAUUAUUCUCUUAUUUUAAAAUCAUACAGAUGUAGGCAACCUUUGGCACUCCAGAUGUUGUUGACUACAUCAUCUCAUAAUGCUGGCAAGGCAUCAGGGGAGAUGUGGUCCAGAACAUCAGAUUGCAGUCCCCUGCUGUUGUAUAUGAUUUAUAAAUAUAAUGUCUCUAAUGUCUUUUUAGGUUAACACAGACAUAUGUGUUGAUUUACAUACCAGCUCUUCCGGUAAGUUCAUAUGCAUACCUCCUAGUUGUCCCUAUUUAGGAGGGACAGUCCUUAUUUUCCAAAUACAUCUGCCCCCAUUUUUUAUCCUAAUCCUUUUUUUUGUAGGAGCUCAGCAUUAGCAAUAAUACUCAAAGUAAUGUGUCUUUAAACUACAAUAAAUGUGUUAACAAUUUAAGCAACUAAAAUAUAAUUUAGAACAAGGACUACGUGUCUUAUUUACACAGACUGAUUUCGUAUGAAAAAGUCACCUAUUUUUUCUCAGGACAACCUCCCUUUGACUACACCUUUAUUUACACUCCUAAAAUGAAAAUGACAGUUUCAAAUAUUAAAUGGUAUGUGUACGAUGUCCUUGGUGGAGUUUAUAUUUAAACAGAGGGAGGGGAAACAGUGUUCAGGAUAUUUAUAAAAUGUCCCAGUUGUCACUGGUAGCAAAGGAGUCACAGGAAACAUUGUUCUUAUCUCUUGCAGGCAAGAGCACAUCUCUUUGAAUACAGUGUUAGAUUGAGGUUGUGGAGGUUGUAUAGACAUCACACCUUAAAACUCCAGCAGCUUUCAUCUGUCAGAUGCACACAUUCAUGCUAUAUGGGAACAUGAGCAUCCAUACUGAGGUCUGUGACUUUUGUGCACAAAAAAGCCAUUCAUUUGAACCAGCCUACCUGGUCAAAUGUUGCAACCCCUCUCCUUUUGCAUACAAAUGUGUAGGAUCUAAAAAACUAAAAAAACAAACAAACAAAAAAACAGUAUCGAGUUGCUUUAGCCAUGUGUUUCAUUUUAUCUUUAUAUGUCAUUUUAGAAUAUAUUUAUAUUUAUAUAUUUUUUUUCUGUUUUCGCUGCUCUAUAUAUGUGUAUAUGCAUAGAUAAUGUAAACUGUUUUUUCACAUCCAAAGUGGAGGAAGGUGUUAGGAAUUUUUUUUCAUUAUUACAUAGUCCCCCCUCAUCCUUUUUCAAGAGAUUUCAGGUGUGGCAUUUGCAUUUGGAAGCUGUUGCUAGGAACCCACAGCAUGCAGUCAAAUGAGCUUUUAAUGCAAGUGAAACAGGUGAUCCUUAGGCUGCAAAAAACUAAAUCCAUCAGAGAGAUAGCAGGAACAUUAGGAGUGGACACAUUAACAGUGUGAUACAUUCUGAAAAAACUAGAAUGCACUGGUGAGCUCUGCUACACAAAAAAUGGCCUAGAUGUCCACAGAAAACAACAGUGGUGGAUGAUCGUAGGAUUCUUUCCAUGGUAAAGAAAAAAAACCUUCACAGCAUCCAGCCAAAUGAAGAACACACUCUCUGAGGUAGGCAUAUCAUUAACCAAGUUCAUCAUAAAGAGAACACUUCACUACAAGAUUCAAACCAUUCAAAAGCCUCAAGAAUACAAUGACCAGAUUAGACUUUGCCAAAAACAUCUAAAAAAAAAUGCAGCCCAGUUCUGGAACAGAAUUUGUUGGACAGAUAAAACUAAUAUCAAGCUGUACCAGAAUGAUUAAAAAAGUAUAGAGAAGUCUUGGAAAAGCUCUGGAGCAUACAACACCAUCUAUAAAACACAAUAGAGGCAGCAAGAUGGCAUGGGUAUGCAUGGAUUCCAAUGGCACUGGGUCACUAGUGUCUAUUGAUGAUGUGACAGAAGACAGAAGCAGUUGGAUGAAUUUUGAAGUGUAUAUGGAUAUAUUGUCUUCUCAGAUUCAGCCAAAUUCAGUGAAGUUGAUUGUAUGGCUUUUCACUUUACAGAUGGACAAUGACUCAACACAUUAUGCGAAAGCAACUCAGGUGUUUUUAAGGCAAAGAAGUGGAAUAUUCAUCAACUGCAGCGCCAAUCACCUUAUCUCAAGCUGAUCGAGCAUGCAUUUCACUUGCUGUAAACAAAACUAAAGGCAGAAAGACCAGUCUGCAAAGAAUUCUCGACAAAGUAUUACAAAUUAACAUUUUAUUUAUGAUUGUGUUAAAUUUUCCAAUUACAUUUGAGCCCCUGAAAUAAGGAGACUGUGAAUGGUUGCAAUUCAUAAACGUUUCAUACAAUAUUUUUGUUAAAGCCCGAAAGUCUGCACUUCAAUUGCAUCUCAAUUCUUUCAUUUUCACUCUAGUGUGGUGGCGUACAGAGGAAAAAUUGUUAAAAUGAUUACCAAAUAUUUACGGAACCUAAUUGUAUGACUCUGUGUGUUUUUGUUUUUUUUUACAUUUGAUUACAUUUGUUAUAUUUUAUUGUUAUUUCAGGCUGCAUUUCUGUUCCAGUUGCUGUUGCGUUAUUUACAAAACCAGGUAUGUAUUAGCCCACCUGGGACAACAUAUUUAUUACCACAGCGUAUUUAUUGAGAUUCAAAUAUUAUGCUUUACCACCACCUCCACACACACAUGCACACACACACACACACAAACAAAAAAAAAUAUAAAAAAAUUUACAUCACUAACUCUUUUACAGUUUGGUGGUUCAAUGUGUGUAAAUGCAAGGGUGUAUUUGUCUGUAGCACAUCAGUGUGUUUAGUGUCUGUUCGUGUUACUGCAGAAUUACAUUUGUGUGUAGGGUAUCAAUGUGAGUGAAUCCAGAAGUGUGCAUGUGUGCACUGCAUCAGUGUGUAUUGAAGGACAUAUUUGUGUAGCAUGUCAGUGCGUGAAUGCAAUGGUGUAUUUGCUGGAGUGUCAUUGUGUAAAUGCAGUUGUGGCUGUUUUGCUGGAGUGCCAUUAUGUGAAUGCAUUGUGUGUGCAUUUUUGUGUGUGCCUGCAAGUGACAAGAUCAUUACACCUGUUGCCAGCACGCUGUGCACGCAUGAUUUUUACACAGAGUUACAGGCGUUCAUAAGUGCCAAAGGUGUAACUAAACCCCAACACAAAACUGAUCACAUCUCUGGAUGUGCAGCAUUUCAAACAAACUCUGCACAUAUAUAAUCCAACCACAACAACCACUUCAAAUCACUAAAGUGAUCCUGAGUUAUAGUAACUCUUGAACUGAUUAAGUAAAAUGAUAAAAAUGUUCAUUCAACAUUCAAUGAGCAAAAUCCAGUACUUAGUAAAAUUGCUUUUGCCAAAAAACAAAGCAUCUAAAUGCCCAGUGCAGCCUCCUAACAGUCAUUCUUUUCUUGCUUCAGGGAAUACUUCUAGUUCUGAAAUACUUUUAGCUACCUUCUCAAGCACUCAAGACAGAAAUCAUGGGGUUCAGGCCAUGCACUGUUAAGGGACCAGACAAGUAUGGUGGGCCACUAGCAUCCUUGCAAGUAAGCGAUGAUGACCACUGUGGAGGUGAUGAUCUAGCACCUUACUCACAGGAGCAACAGUGAUCAAGAUAAUUAGGUAAUAGUCUAAUAAUAAUUACCCCUAGCCCCUAUCUUCCACCCACUGAGUCAUAGGCAUGCGCAGCCUAUUGCAUAAGGGUGUGCACCCUAAAGCACAAACACACAGGCCGCAUAUAUAUAUAUGUGUGUGAGGGCACUGUGUAUGUGUAAGGGUGCUGUGUGUGAGGUUGAUGUGUGUGUGUUUGUGAGGGUAGUGUGUGUAUGUGUAAGGGUGAUGUGUGUGUAAGGGUGCUGUUAGUGUGUGCUGUGUGUGUAUGUGUUAGGGUGCUGUAUGUGUGAGGGUGCUGUUAGUGUGAGGGUGCUGUGUGUGUAUGUGUACUGACCUUAUCAUACCCCACACCAGAGUUGCCAUCAGAGAUGGGCCUAAUACAGCUCAAGGUCUGGGCCCUUGGGGCCCCUCUCUAAGUCCACCAACAGGGCCCACCUCCAAGUCUGCCUACAAGGAUGCAGUGAAUGUAGAUUGAAUACAGGGUGUUUGUGUUGUGGAUGCAGUGUGUGUGUUUGUGUUUCGAAUGCAGUGUGUGUAAAGUGGACACGGUAUGUGUUAAUGCAUGUGUAGUGUAUGCAGUGCAUGUGUAGUAGUGUAAGCAGUGUGUGUAUAUAACACAAUUAAUACACAUAUAUACACACACACACAGAUACACCGAUGCUCAGAAACACAUUGCUGUAGAAUACAAACACACACAAAUACAUAUACACACACACACACACAGAUACACACACAUAGACACACAGAAACACACACAGAAACACACAUACUGACAAUAUGACACACACAUAUACACACAUACAUACACACAUACUGAUACACAGACUGACACACAUUUUAGUCAUUUCUUAGCCCCCCUCCUGUUUCUUACCUUUUGGGUGCUGAAGGGUGGCUGGGACUGAUGGGAGUCGAUCUUGGAGCUGGAUGUCCCCUCCUCACUACCUCCACUAUACCUCCUCCCUACCACGUGAGUAAACUUGGAGGAAGUGACCAGCUGUUAUUUUUUCCCAGCAAAGUCUGUGACUGCCAUUUUUAAAAGGGCCUGGUUGUGCUAUUAAACAGAUGCAGUUCUGACCAUCACAUAAAGAUAAGUGCCCAUCGGGUGGCUAUAAGUGCAUGGGCAACUCGAUGGGCCCCAUUAGCAGCAAUGCCACCGCUACAGAUAGAGAAUGUGGACUGCCAAGCUUGUGACAACCAUCAUGGUUGUCACCCAUGAUGGUGGCCCUGCCCCACACAGUACAGUCCCUAUCCCUCCCCCACACAGCAGAGCCCUUACCCCCUCACAAUAUAACCUCUAUGCAGGCUAUAUUAUGAGAAGGUAGAGGCUCUACUGUACACAUUGCUGUCCCUAUCCACCAAAGGCUCGUUCACCCACCUUCAAAGUACUGUGCAGCCCCUAUCCUCCUGUACACUAAAGUCUGCAUUCACACAUACUAUAGUCUCUAUCUCCUACACACACGCGCUAUGGUCCCUAUGCUCAAACACAUGCUAUAGCCCCUACCACCUCACACUGCUGCCCUUAUACUUUUAAAAAACACAACACGCUCAAAACACCACAAACAUAACAUCACAAGCAGUCUCCAAAUGCAUACACCACCACAUGCAACCUUACACACAUAUAAUCCUCUACCAACCUUGCUCUUCUUUUGUCUUCUGGUUUUCCACUUAUGGGGAUGCCUGAGACAUGUCACCAGCAAAGACAGAGUAAGCAUAUCAUUAAAUUGUAUUAAAUACAGGGCAUUUUGCCCAGAGCAUUUUAUCAGGGAUCUAUGAAUGGGCUGCUCUAGAGAGGCACCAAACUGACAUGCCCACUUUAGGGUGCAUGCCAAUGAUGACACAAGAAAAUUCCAAUGAAGACUUCUCCCAUAGCCCAAACCAUCAAGGGACAUUUUGGGGCCCCUAACACCAGGGUCGGACUGACCACUCAGGCAGAUUGGUCAUGGACCGAGGGACCCAAGGCAGUCAGGGGCCCGGCCGGCUGCACAACCAUGCUCUGGCUGGGGAGAUCAGAUCAGAUGUACACUGGAGACAUUGUGUGUUAGUGCAUGUGUAGUCAGGGCCGGAUUAACAUAGGGGCUGAUGGAGCUGCAGCUCCAGGCCCAGGCCCAUGGAAUAGGCCCAUUGAUUUAAAAAAAAUAAAAAAUAAACACACACUACUUUUAGGGUUGCCAGGUAUUUCUCAGAAGUAUUUCUUAUGGUUGCCAGGUAUUUCUCAGGUAUUUGAGGCUGCCUAGCCGGUGCCGGUAUUGCAGUAAUACCGGCAACACAAAUGUCUGUUUCAGUAUAAACAGAGAUUAUUCUUCAAUACCAGCGCCGGCCAGUAGGGGUCGCUGUUUGUGUGGAGAGAGGCAAGGAUAAGAAGUUACAGCAUCUCCCUCCCUGUCUCUCUCUACUCACUGAUCCACGGGCAGCACAGAGAGUCCAGAUAGCAGUUUCAAGCCUGCAAGACAUGGGGACGAUGAGAGACUUGGGGACGCUGAGACAUUUUGACACUGGGAGACAUAGGGAACCUGAGACACUAGGGACACAGUGGUCCCAUUACUCACAGUGGCCCCUAGUCUCUCAGUGUCCCCAUGUCUCCCACCCAGUGUCUUUAGUGUCUCAGUGUCCCCGUGUAUCCCAGUGUCCCAGGUGUCUCUCAGUGUGCCUGGUGUCUCUCAGUGUCCCUAGUGUCUGUGUCCCUAGUCUCCCAUUGUGCACUAGUCUCUCAGUGUCCCCAUGUAUCUCAGUGUCCCCAUGUCUGACCCAGUAUCUCAGUGUCUCCAAGACUCACAGUGUCCCAAUGUCUCUCAAUGUCCCCUAGUGUCCUAGUGACAUUGGGACACAUGGAGUCACAGACUCUAAGGGACACUGGGAGAUAUGGGGAUACAAACACUAGGGGACACUGGGUGAUAUGGGGAUAAUGAGACACUAGGGGACACUGAGAGACAUGGAGAUACAGGGAGAUAUGGGGCUCUCCCAGUGUCCCCAUGUCUCCCAGCCAGUGUACCUAGUAUCUCAGUAUCUCCAUGUCUCUCAGUGUCCUUAGUGUCUCAGUGUCCUUAGUGUCUCAGUGUCCUCAGUGUUUCAGUGUCUUAGUGUCCUCAGUGUCCUCAGUGUCCCCUACUCUCUCAGAAUCCCCUAGUCUCCCAGUGUUCCCAUGUCUCACAGUGCCCCAAGUGUCUCAGUGUCCCCUAGAAUAAAAGAAAAAAAUCUCAGGCACACACUGAUAUAUUUAAGCAGGUUUAUUGGACACCACAAUGUUUUGACCUGUGCCCAGGUCUUUAUCAAGUCUCCAGUGUCCCCUAUAUAUCACAGUGUCCUCUAUGUAUCACAGUGUCUCAGUACCCCAUGUCUCCCAGUGUACCCUCAUGUCUCAAAGUCACCCAGUGUCCCCAUGUCUCCCAAUGUCCCCAAGAGUCUCAGUGUCCCUAGGUCUCCCAGAGUUCCCUAGUAUCUCAGUGUCCCCAUGUCUCCCAGUGUCCCAAUGUCUCUCAAUGUCCCCUAGUGUCCUAGUGACAUGGGAACACAGGGAGACAUGGGGACACAGACACUAAGGGACUGGGAGACACAGACAUGCCCCCUUUUUGUGUAUGUUUGCCCCUUUCGGCAGUUCUUGUUAUUUGAUUUGUGUCAGUGGACCAACCUUUUACCCCAUCCAUAGACUUCCUACUUUACUGGACACUGUUUACUGGACACUGCUGUUAGGGGGUAUGGGUUUACUUGAAAGAUGAAAGCGUGAGAUUAGCAUAGGGUAUGUGUUUUCUAAUAGCUGCAUCUUAUGAGUUUCCCUCCAGCACCAUCUCCAUCAGAUACAUGAUGCUUAGGAGGUAGGACAGUUUUAGUGUUUUUGGUCAAUAAGAUUUUGUAAUUAGGCCCCUCAUAAUUGUCAGGACCAGGCCUACUGGGCUCUUAAUCUGGCCCUGUGUGUAGUGGAUGCAGUGCUUGUGUGUGUAGUGAAUAUAGUGUGUGUAUAUUGUGUGUGUGUGUUUUUGUGUGUAUAUAUAUAUACAUAUACAUAUACAUAUACAUAUAUAUAUAGCAAGGCUCUGCUUCCUGCUGGUCCAGUAAUGUGUGUCUGGCUUCUGCAGAGCUGCUGUAAGCCACAGGGAUAUUGACAUUUGCACAGAAUUGACAUUAGUCUGCCUGGAGCUCUGAUGAUUAUUAUAAUUGACAUUUAUAUAACGGAAUGCCAACUUAUUCCGCAGCGCUUUACAAUAUUAUAAAGGGGGGAAUUUAACAAUAAUCGAGACAAUUACAAAAUGUAGGUUGAUGAGAAUUCUGCUCAAAUGAGCUUAAAAUCUUGAGGAGAUGCAUAAAAACACAAUAGGAAGGGCAGAGUGUGGGAUAUGAACCAAGCAACAAGGUCGAAAAAUAGCAUAACUGGAAGGUGACAGUAGAGUGUGACCCUUUAAGAGAGAGCAAGAGACAGGUUUGUGAGAUAGAAGUUACUUUCUGCCAUAAUCUUUUCUGAAGAGAUGGGUUUUAAAGGAGCUUCUUAAAUGAUUGAAGAAUGUCUUAUGUGGGUACAUAAGUUUUUUCAAAGGAACAGAGCUGCCCUCGAGAAGUCCUGCAAGCGUGAGUUAGUAGUAGUGAUGCGAGCAGCAAACAGAAGAUGGACAACAGCUGAGUGGAGAGACCGGGAAGGCCUAACCACUGAGCUAUCACAUAUUUGUUUUUUAUUUGUAAUUACUUUUGUCUAUAUGCAACAAAUUAUGGAUUAAAAUUGAUUGUGUAAAAUUAUUUGAUCAGGAUACAUUUAAAUUUUGCUAGAUUUGCUAGGUACCUCUAUAAGUUUUAAUAAUCUUUUUUUUAUUUCUAGUAUUCCAUUUAUCAACAUAUAAAUGGUAUAAUAUUGAGUUAAAAUAUGUUACCUGGUAUUUAAAGGACUAACCACCAAGCUAUCAAAUAUUUGUUAUGUUAUUUAUUUGUAAUUAUUUUAGUCUAUAUGCAACAAAUAAUGUAUUGAAAUGGAUUUAUUUUUCUUAUUACAUUUUAGGGUAUAAUAUGGCCACAGGUGUUUAUUGGUAUUGCCGUAAACAUCAUUAAUGUUAUUAUCAACGCCAUCUUCCUUUUUAUCCUAAAUCUUGGGGUUGUGUAAGUAAUUUUAUGUUUGAAAUAUAUUAAAGUUAUUAUUUGAAUAUAUUGUCAACAAUAGCCCAUUUAGAAGCUUGUUGUUUUUUAAGUCACAUGGAUGUCAUGUGAUCUAAUAAAGAUGUGUUGAAUUCCAAGUACCAUAAGUACUACAACGUAUUGCAGGUUCCUAUGUGUAAAAUCCUUCCAUUUGCAACACGUUUCACAAAAAUUAAGAUUUCCUGACCUGACUCAUACCUUGAAGAUAUCAUAAUUAGGGAAUUCACUACCUCACUUAUCACCCAAAAAUAUGUACUGAAGGAGCAUGUAUUUUGAAGUCGCAACAUUCAGUUAGUGGUUGUGUGCACUAAGAUAUAGGUAGAAACAACAUAUAACAUCCAUUGAGUCUCUGUCAAUCCAUAAAAUACCUCCAAACUGAAACCUGCUUAUGCCAUCCAAUGGGCUCUAGAAUCUAAUAGGUUCCUCGUGUUUAUUUUGUAGUAGCAGAAAAGUUAAUGAUACUUGGGCUACAAGGAAAUGGUUAAUGGUGAGUUAGUAAAGCUAAUGUUUGUAAAAUUAUGAACUACACACUUUAUUUUAAUUUUAAAAAUUUUCAGUAAAUGUGGUCUCUUCUGUCACCUGUUAACCAUUUACUUUUUAUACUGGUUUAAUAGUAGUACAAGGAGCUCUAACAUUGACUGCUGCAGGGAUUAUUCUACUAGUCCACGUGAUUUUUUUUUUUUUCCAUAGAUAUAUACAAAGCAAGUAUGAAUUUUUGGGUGUAAAAAGUAUGUUAAGAGUGACAUCACAUUCCUGUAUGUUCAAUAAUACCUUUCAUACAUUGAUUUGCUGAAAAGUUUGUAGAGAAGUAUUUUACUUUUCUUUUAUUAACAAAUGUUUUUGUAUAAUCUUUAUAAUGAAUUAAAAAUACAGAAGCAGACCCAUCCUGGAGUCUAGUGCAAGUAAGGCAGUGUGGAAGCUGUUGUGGUUGCCACAGUGCUGGAGCAAAGGUGACCCUGACUGGUUUAUAUAUUUUAUUUAAAGAUCACUACAGUGACAGGAAAACAAAGCGGGUCCCCCUCCCGUAGCACUGAAGGGGUUAAAACCCCUUCAGCAGCUUACCUUAAUCCAGCGCCGGGCUCCCUCGGCAAUGGUGACCUCUCCUCCCCCGCUGACGUCAGCUCCCAGCUGGAGUGCAAAUUCGCAUCCAGCGUUGCAGAUGCGUCUAUAGCGGCUGUCUUCCUUGAUUAAUCCCUAAUGGAAACAUAGCGGUUUCUCUGAAACUGCUAUGUUUACAGCUGCAGGGUUAAAACCUGAGGGACCUGGUACCCAGACCACUUCAUUGAGCUGUAGUGGUCUGGGUGACUACAGUGUCCCUUUAAUUAUAUUGUUUUUUUGUUUUUGUUUUUAUUGCUGGUUUAGUAUAUUUAGAGGUUUAGUAUAUUUUUGCCCUAAAGGCACACUCUGAGCACCAUAACAAGUUUGUCUCAAAUAAGUUGUUAUGGUACUUGGAAGUCAUAGGUGCUGUCUUACCUUAAUGGGUUUUACUAUUUGCAAAUGGUUCCACUUUAAAGUUAUGUAGAAGGAGCCCGUCAGUUAAGCCCCUCUACUUUUUCAAGUCCGAAGCUUCAAUGAGGAAGCCGCUGAAUGGGCUGAGAGUGUCAGCUGAUACUCUCAGUCUAUCGAUAGCUUCACAUUGAGAAAACUGUGUCAGAAUGUUAUUAAUAGUCUCCGACUUGUCCAGAAGUAGAGGAGCGAGCUGACUAGUGCUUUGUAUGCAACUUUGGGGUUAAACCAUUUGUUAACAUUUAACUCCAUUUAAACAUUUAACUAAAGAUAGGAUAGUGUCCAAGAUGUCAAAUUAUCAUAAAUCUUCAUUGAGCUUAGGUUGCUAUGGUACCUGGAAUGUUUCUUUUAUAUGCAUUUAAUACUUGUUUUUUUUCUGAUUAAAAUGGUUAUUGGAAAUAUUUCAAUAAAAUAUCAAUACACAGUAGUGAAAAAAGCAUAGCCAUGUUUACAUAAAAUGCAUAUUUCUCCAGUUUAAUCCCUUAAGGACUGAGCCAAGCUGUACAUCAAAACAAAGUGUAAACAAACCACAGAAUUUGACUAUAUAUCUGUUCAACAAUAAUUUACCUCUUUCAUACUAAGUGCAUACCAUACCUAUAUAUAAUUUUGUUCAGGAGAAACAGAGCUUUCAUUUCAUAUCAAACAUUCAUAUAUGGAGCUCCAUUUUAUAUGAUUAAAAUCUAAAAAAGUUUAAAAAAUUAAGACAUUUUGCUAUUUUUCAAGUUCUACUUGGCAUUUUAACUGUUAAUGUCAGAAUACUGUUUGGUUUUACUGCAAUAAAACAUACAUAUUUAUAUUCAGAAAUGUCUCUCGAGUAAAGAAGUAACCCCAAUGUACAGGUUUUAUGGGGUUUUGGAAAGUUACAGGAUCAAAUAUACGUCUUGCCCAUUAAUUUUUUUUCUACAUUGAAAUUUGCCAGAUUGGUUUGCUGUGCCUAGGUUGCCUUUGAGACCGUAUGGCAGCCCAGAAAUGAACAUUACCCCCAUCAUGGCAUACCAUUUGAAAAAGUAGACAUCCCAGGGUAUUCAAAAUUGGGUAUGCCCAGUCUUUUGUUGUAGCCACUUGGGCACAAACCCUAGCCAAAGUUAGUAUUCAGAUUUUUUUUUUCAUUCUUCACAUAAAACUGUACUUUGUUUUCCCUGGGGUUUUAAUUUGCGAGUGGGAGAGUGUGCCUGAUAUGCCUGCCACCAUUUUUCCUCUCUGGGCCCGCUGGUAUCUGCGUUGUCGGACAGCCAUUUUGGAUGCAACCCAGGCAGUGCCCCUGUGGCAAAUGACCGUGAUCUGCAACAUCUGCCUGGGUAAUAACAUUUCCACUAUUAUGGCAUUUUCAAAAGUAGGCAAACCAGAGUAUUCCAAAUGGCAUAAUUUGAGAUGUUUGGUCUAGCCAUUUUAUCAGAAAUAAUGGGCCCACAUAGUGGUUAUAGUUUUAUUUGUGCUUUUCCAGUGAUGAACUCUUCACAGGACAUUUCAUAUUCCUGAUAUGAGUUAUUGCAACAAAGCCUCACUAUUUUCAUUUAUCAUUGUAUCCUGAAUAUAACAGUACCCCUAUGUACCAGAUUUUCUAUUUUGUGGGGAAGUCACGGGGACAAAAAUAUUACAUGUCCAUUUCAAAGUUGGAAAUUUUGCAAAGUGGGCCUAAGUGGGCCUAAGUGGCUUUUCAGAGAGUAUGGCAGCCUGAGUAAUAACAUUUCCACCAUUAUGGCAUACCAUUUUCAAAAGUAGGCAAACCAGAGUAUUCCAAAUGGCAUAAUUUGAGAUGUUUGGUCUAGCCAUUUUAACAGAAAUGCAGGGCCCAGAUUUUUUUACUUUUAUUUUUGUCUUUUUACACACAUGAAUUGCAUUUUCACAGGAAAUGUCAUAAUCCUGAUAUUAGUUAGUGCAAUAAAACCUCAGUAUUUUGAUUUAACACUGUCUUCUGAAGAUAACAGUAUAUGUACCAAUUUUCCAGGUUUUUAUUAUAUCACAGGAAUAGAACAGUACCCCCACAUACUAUGAUCUGAAAACAGAGACGCAGAGAGAUCUUUGAUCUCACACAGAGAGUUACUGUGUGAAAAGUUUGAGAAUUUUCUUUUUUUAAUUUGCGAUUUUUUUUAACCCUUUCAGUGCUAAUCAUGUCAUUAACCCUGUGAUUAAAGUUUAUUUUUUUGGGGGGAAGUCACAUUUCAAGUACUACAAAUGUAGUACUUUGAGUUGUUUGGUUUAGCCACUUUAGAAUGGCUAGUGUAAACAGGGACAGGUCAAGGUCAGGGGAAUCCAGAAGUCAGAGUAGUCGGUAAAAGAAGCCAAUAGGUCGGUACAGGCAGCUAACAAAGCGUAGUCAGGACAAGCCGAGGUCAGAAAUCCAGGGAAAUCAAGCAAACAAACUGCCAAAAUACCAUACAGAGUGAUUUAGUAGUUCAGCUCUGUAUGGUAGACUUUGAAACAGUCUGUUCUGCAGAGGGCGGAUUAUGCAGAGGGCGGGUAGAGAUGGGCAGGUUGGGCAAUAAUAACUGGAGUCAUUUCGGACUCCUUUCUUAUAGCAAACACGGCACUUUCUUCAGAGAGCUUUUUUUACUGGGGGUGGGUGGGAUUCAGGAAGGGAAGUGUUUGCCACAAAGUCUUUGGAGAUCUCCUGAUUGCAAAGUGGGAUUGGGGGGCUGAGUAAAUAACAUGGGAUAAAAGGCUUAGCAUGAAUUGUAGGAAAGUGCAGGGCUUACCUAUGACAUCUUUUUUUUUUUAUAGAGGACGUAGGCAUUGAAAAUUGCAAUCUGGCUCAUGUAAAUUGUGAUUUUAUUGUACCAGGUUCUAGUUUUUUGGUUCACCAGAUAGGGCUAUAUGCAUUAGUCAGCCAAUUCUACUCCCCCCAUAAACUUGCUGUAGUCUACAAUGCACUUAGGCUUUUCCAGAUGCUCAGUGCUACCUCUCACAGACACUGGCACUGUACUUUCGUCGUGCAUUGUAGACGGCAUGUAUACAUCCUUCCUAUCUGUGAAGCAAAGGGCAAGCAACUCAUCCUGGUGGAGAGCUGAAGAGGAACCUCCACUUCUACCUCUUGCCAGGGCUUGGGGGAAACCCCUGCGAUUCUUCCUUACUGUGCCACAGGCUAGGGUUUCAAAGCAGUAUACAUUUUUAAAUAAUUCUAUACUGGUAUAGUAAUUGUCAACCCAUAGCCUGUAUCCCUUAUUUAACAAGGGAAGGAUUAGAUCCCAAACAAUAUUGCCACUUGUACCCACAGAAUCAGGGCAUCCUUGUGGGUCAAGAUGGCUAUCCUUCCCCUGGUAAAUAUGAAACCCCCAUGUGCAAAUAGAUUAGUUUGCUGAGCCAUGAUCACAAAUACGUCGUCCGACAUAAAGAGCUCAAAAAAACGAAUUGGUUCGCAGUCAUCCACUGUUACAGUGAUGCCAGGUUUAACAGUGAACGGCGGUAUUUCUGGGGCCAUCAUGUUUGGGGCACUCAGUCUAUGUCCUGCAUUACAAUAUAUACCUAUUAUCUACACCCACUACCCUCCCUCACAAACCCACGAAAAUAAACGUACUGAUCACAGUUUAGUCAGCUGUGAUCAGUACUGAAAGGGUUAUUUUUAUUUUAUUUUAUAAAAAUAACCCUCAAAAAGGUCAGCCUGAUCAAAGAGCCCUCUGAUCACAGUGAUCACUGAUACAGUACUGUACGGCAGAUAUACUGUACAGUACAGUGAUCAUGGCAGGAGGGAAGGGGUUAAGGGAGAUUUUGGUUGCUGCAACUGACACACAGGGUCAAAAAACAUUUUUAUUUUUAUUUUAUUUUAUAAAAACAACCCUAAAAAAGGUCGGCCUGAUCAGAGAGCCCUCUGAUCACAGUGAUCACUGAUACAGUACUGUACAGCAGAUAUACUGUACAGUGAUCAUGGCAGGAGGGAAGGGGUUAAGGGAGAUUUGGGUUGCUGCAACUGACACACAGGGUCAAAAAACAUUUUGAAAAGUUUUUUUUGAACCCCCAAAAAAAAAUAAUAUAGUACAAAAGUACUAAAAGCCCUAAUCAGGCUGAUCACAGUGUUAAUGCUUGCUAUGAUAUGCACUGAAAGGGUUAAAAAAAUUGUUUUUUUUCCCACAGGAGCUGCUAUCUGCAACGAUCUCUCUGCCUCUCUCUCAGAUGAGGUGAGAAGAGGGGCAGAGACAAUGUGUCAGCCAGUGAUUUAAAAUCAUUGGCUGACACAUUGUAACAGUGAUCGCAGUGACUGGCUGUCACUGCGAUCACAUGCUGCAGAUCGCGUCAUUGGCCACAAGGGGGACUGCCUGGGUUGCCAGGAAUGCCCCCAGACUGCGAUCUGCAGGGGACGAUCUGCAAAGGGGGAAUGGCGGCAGCCAUGUAUGUCAGCCAAUUCAUGAAUUGGCUGACACAUAAUAACACUGAUCGCAGUGACUGGCUGUCACUGCGAUCAGAUGUUGCAGAUCACGGUCAUUUGCCACAGGGGCACUGCCUGGGUUGCAUCCAACAUGGCUGUCCGACAACGCAGAUACCAGCGGGCCCAGAGAGGAAAAAUGGUGGCAGGCAUAUCAGGCGCACUCUCCCACUCGCAAAUUAAACCCCCCAGGAAAACAAAGCAAAUGCUGCAAAUAAGUGUCUCACCUGUACAACGUCUCGGCAAUCAGUGCAGCAAGAACCGACUCUUCACAAAAAACGCAACACAAAUGACUGCACGGCAACAAACUCCACGGGGUACCGCCAAUGUCAGCAAGUCAAAGGGCGACAAUAGAGAGAGGAAGAUAAAAUCCUGGACUUACCAGCACUAGGUAUCGGCUGAGGUACCCAUUCUAUUGCCCUACACGGGCCCUCGUCGCCUGGACUGUUCCGAGCCCACACGGUAACUCAGAGACCCCAUACAUAUCCUAAGCAGACUAUACACCCAUUCCAGCAGUAGCCGGUGAUCAAUCUAAUAUUUCUGACUACACAUGUUCCCAGUGGCUUAAUACUCAAUGAUGACCUGUUGUUACACAGAGCAACCAUGCCUAGAGAGAAUAGUGAUGUCACUUUAAAAUAUAGGCAAAUAUUAGUAAUGUUACAUACAAUAUGAUGCCUCCUAGCCUAAACAUUCAUGGCACAACGUUACUAUGCUUUACUUCGUAACCAGAUACUGCUUUGUAUUAAAAUGUGUUCACACUACAUUCACCAUAGCAUAGGUGACCUAGCAAUGUUAAACACCCAGCAUCUUUAUUUUCAUUUUAUUUCAUUGAAUCUUACACGGACAAAUCAACUGUUUAGUUAAGUAUGUUAAAUAUAAAAAUUGUGCAAAUUAUCAUGCCACUGUCUAACUUGUAUGAAACUUGAAAUACGCUGUUGUGGCGUUUGUUGAUAUAUUGUGACCAUCUGCACAUCAAAAAUAAAGAAUAAAAAAUAAAAAAUAAACAUUAGUCAUGGGGGUAUAGUAAGAUGGUGGCCGCACUCCCAAGAAUUUAUAUAAUUAUUAUUUAUAUCCUGUAUGAAAUAUGAAAACGAAGUUUUUGUGUUUGUUUGUUUUUUUAGGGGCUCAGCAUGGGCAAAUACAAUUUCUCAAAUAUCGAUGCCUUUACUACUUUUCAUCUACCUAUGGACAAAAAAGCUGCAUAUAGAGACAUGGGCUGGUAUGAACUAUAUUAAUAUUCAUUGAUGCAGUUACAUAUAGAUUUUUUUUAAUUUCAGUCUUGCAUGAGAUUUUUUUCUCUAUUUCUUAUAAUUUUGCGCAAUCAAUUAAAUGUUAUAAUCGAUUUAAAUUUAGGUAUCACGUGUUAUUCUGAUUCAUAUUUGUAAUUAUUGAUCAUCCAUUACCAUUCAGUGAUUAGUUUACUAGAGCCUAACGUUAUUUUUUUCUGAAGAUGCAGUACGUUUAUGCCAACAUUACAAGUUAGUAUUUGUCUGCAACUAUGCCAGAAUUGUAAAGCUUUUGAUUAACAUGAAAAACCAUUACAUAUUUGCUAGAUGAUGGUUGCAGUUUCCCAUGUGUAAAUCCUACAUUAGUGGGACCAGACAUAGCAUUAUGGCAGCAAGCAGCAAAUACUUUGUGGCUCUGAUAAACUAUUUCCAUUAUGCUUUCUCCCAGUGUCAUGCAAACACUGAGUACGUUGCAGAAAAAAAGCUCAUGCCAGAAGUGGCGUGCUAUAAUAUACUUGGAAUUCAUAUUGUAAGAUGAGUUUUCUGACUCCCAAGUGUAACUUUUUUUUCUGUUAACUAGUAAAUCAAGCAGUUAGUCUGCAUUAAUACAAUUUCCUCCUGUGUGGUCUGCAAUCCCAUAUAUGUUGGAAAAGUCCCAGUUACAGGGUCCCAAUUUAUUUUCCUGGUGUAAAGCAUCUGGAAGCAUCUUCAGUUCAAUAGGUUGGCUUGCCUCUUUUUGUGAAGAUUGGCCAUUGCGGGCAUCACCAGAGCUGCAAAUCACAUCACUGACAAGGACCCCCAUCAGGCUCACCCAUUCUGUCCUAUCUUAUAGGCAUUGUUAGGGAGUGGUUAUAGGGGUUAAAGCCAAUUACAUUUUAGCCCAGAUUCUUUACCUGGAAACAUACUAGUACUUUUAGCUUAUUUUACAUAAGCUCAAUCAAAGCUGUUGUCCAAAGUCAAAGAACAAAGCAUUCUAAUUUAUAAUUCGAAGAGCUAGUAGAAGUGAGGGAGCAGAAGGGACAUAAGGUGAUAAAGACGCAAAGGGAUGACAGAAGAUUGGACAAUAAAAUAAUUGGGAACGAAGAAGAGAGUAGUAAAGGGGUUAAAGGGUUAUGUUUGGAAUUGGCAUUGGAUAUGAGCUUACAUUUUGCUUUUGGAUGAAAGCCUCAGUAUGUUUUGGAACCUAGAAACACCCCUGUUCCCGACUGAAUCAUUUAUGUUUACCUUGUGUUAUAGUAGAUUAGUGCAUUUGUAAUCUGUACUCUUGUUUCCUUUUGCUUUUACUUUCUUUGCAGGUUGGUCAAAAGACUGCUUCCAAGAAUGGGGGAUUUUUAUACGUCUGUCAAUUCCUAGCAUGUUAAUGAUGUGUAUAAAAUGGUGGAGCUUCCAAAUUGGAACAUUUUUGGUCGGUUAGUUUACAAUGUUUUUUUUUUUUUUUUGCAAAUCUGUUGUUGCUACUGUAGAUAAUGAGUUAAUAUGGAUAACAAGUUAUAUAACAGUUAUUAAAUGAGUAUGAAUACAAUUCUAACAAUAGGUUGGCUAGGUCUUCAAAAUACUGUAUUUGGCAAAAGAACCUUUUCUUUUCUUGGCAAUUCAGAUUUCUAUUUCACUUUAGGCCUGGUCAGUGUGGUGGAACUUGGAGCACAAUCCAUAAUUGUGGUAUUGGCAACAGCAUCUGCAAUGGUAAGAUAUUUAUUUAAAUUGUAUAAAAUAGUAUAUAUAAUGAUAAAAUGUAAACCUAUCUCCUUUUAGUAAGCAAAAUUACAGAACAUUUUUAUUUUCCUUAGUUGUGGAAUUGCCCAGGACCUAAGAGUAAAUUUGAUAACAUCUCCAACAAAUAAUGACUUAUGCCCCAAGCUGACCCCACAUGCUCUGCCUUGGUUCAAGUUUUGACAACCUCGGACUAAACCCCACACUGUCUCAUAAUAUAUUUUAUGAUAUAUAUAUGAUAUAUGCUUUGGUUCAUUGUCCUGUUGCAACACCCAUCUUCUGCUGAGCUUCAGCUGGUAGACAGAUGGCCUUAAGUUCUCCUGCAAAAGAUAGCAAUCUUUUUUUUGAUGUUGGUGUGCUGUGCCUUUUUUUCGCCACACAUAGUGUUGUGUGUUUCUUCCAAACAACUCAACUUUGGUUUCAUCUGUCCACAGAAUAUUUUGCCAGUACUGCUGUGGAACAUCCAGGUGCUCUUGUGCAAACUGUAAACGUGCAGCAAUGUUUUGUUUUGACAGCAGUGGCUUCCUCUGUGGUAUCCUCCCAUGAUAUCUAUUCUUGUUUAGUGUUUUACGUAUUGUAGAUUCGCUAACAGGGAUGUUAGCAUUUGCCAGUGACUUUUGUAAGUCUUUAGCUGACACUCUAGGAUUCUUCUUCACCUCAUUGAGCAGUCUGCGCUGUGCUCUUGCAGUCAUCUUUACAGGACGGCCACUCCUAGAGAGAUUAGCAGCAGUGCUGAACUUUCUCCAUUUAUAGACAAUUUGUCUUACCAUGGACUGAUGAACAGCAAGGCUUUUGGAGAUACUUUUAUAACCCUUUCCAGCUUUAUGCAAGUCAACAAUUCUUAAUCGUAGGUCUUCUGAGAGCUCUUUUGUGCGAGGCAUCGUUCACACCAGGCAAUGCUUCUUGUGAAAAGCAAACCCAGAACUGGUGUGUGUUUUUCAUAGGGCAGGGCAGCUGUAACCAACACCUCAAAUCUCAUCUCAUUGAUUGGACUCCAGUUGGCUGACAUCUCACUCCAAUUAGCUCUUGGAAAUGUCAUUAGUCUAGGGGUUAACAUACUUUUUCCACCUGCACUGUGAAUGUUUAUAUGGUGUGUUCAAUAAAAACAUGGCAACAUUUCAUUCUUUGUGUGUUAUUAGUUUAAGCAGACUGUGAUUCUCUAUUGUUGUGACUUAGAUGAUGAUCAGAUCACAUUUUAUGACCAAUUUGUGCAGAAAUCCAUAUCAUUUUAAAGAGUUCACAUACUUUUUCUUGCAACUGUAUAUCACUAGCUCUUGUAAGAGCUAUCCUGAUAUACUCUCUGGGCUAGGAGAGGUCUACCUACUGGAUCCCUGACUUGGGUCCAGAGUGGGUGGAGAACGGCAAGACCCAAGCCAAGCUGUAACGCUGGAAGUGGGGACUACGGUGCUGAUGGUGUCUGGUGCAGUGCUUGUGGUACACGGUAAGCACUAAUGAAGCAGCGAUUGGCGGAGGCACCCAGUUGGGGUGCCAGGCGGUCUGUCACCUCUGGUGGCAGCAGUGGGAUGGCUUACUAGUGCAAGGAGAAGCAUCCUGGAGACACCGUUCUUGGACUUAUAAUUGAGCCAAUGUUAGUACCCAUACAGCGCCCCUGGCUACAGCAGUAUGGAACCAGCUAGUUCCCGGACAGCGGUCCUAUACUGUCAGGAUACUGACAGGGAUCCAAUACGCAGAGUGCGGACAGAAGGAGGUACGUAUACCGGACCUUAGAAUGGCCGGACUAACGUAGGGACAAAGCAAGAAUAGUCAAAAGGUAAGCCGAGGUCGAGGGAGCCGGAGGACAGGUAAGCGAGAUACAAGCCGAGUCAAAGGAGAGGAGAGGACAACAGGACAAAAGACAAGCAAGGGUCAAAACCGGAAACACAAGAUAAAGAACGCGCUGAGUGACUAGCAAGCUAGAACCACGACAGGGCAAUGAGCAGUAGUAAAGGUUUCCUUUAAAUACCCUGUUACCUAAAUAGAGACCACGCCCCCAAAAGGUCCGGAAUAGCGGUUCCCGGCACUUUAUGUAAAUGCCGACGUCAUGACGUCGACGCUAGCCGUCGCGUCAUAAAAGGGGGAGGAACUAGCGCGGCCGGCGCGAAAACGGCCGGAAUAUGCCGAAAUGCUAGGGGCAGGGAGCCCCUAAACAGAGAGGAUGUCUUCCCUGGAUUCAGCACCAACAGGUACCCUGACAUAUACAAGGAGGAUGGCCCAGACUCGAGGGAUGCAGCCAGGAAGGAAGUCUGGUAUGAGGGUAUACAGCAUCGGCGGGGCGAGAAUCUCCCCAGCGAGGAGCAGCGGCUACAGAUGCGAGUGGUGAUGUGGAUGCCUCUACUGGGAGAGCAGCCUCUGGAUGAGUGGGUGACAGAACUCGAGAGCCUGGUAUGGAAGGGGAGUUGGUAAAUUUGCACGUAUAAAUUAACGUUUCGACCACACAAUGGUGUUUAUCAAGAUCUUGAUCUUACUUUACAGGAAUUAUAGAGUAAGACUGUAUAUGCAGGGGAGGUGUUUCUAGUAUUGCAUAAACAAAGUAAAUAAACUUCUAAAUGGCAGAGAAUCGAACAGUGACAGUAUAGUGGCAUGCUCUUUAUACCAAAACUGCUUCUUUAACCCCUUAAGGACCAAACUUCUGGAAUAAAAGGGAAUCAUGACAUGUCAGACAUGUCAUGUGUCCUUAAGGGUUAAACAAGUUGUCUUGGUGUUUCGAGUGUCCCUUUAACACGUAAGCAUUUUGUAAGGCUCUUUUUAAUUGGUCCACCUUUCAGUAUAUAAGUUAGAUAGAUAUUAAGUAUUGAACAAAAUCUGUUCUGUUUUGUAUAUUGUCCAUUCUUAGAUUGAUUUAAAGGGACACUAUAGUCACCAGAACAACUACAGCUUAUUGCAUUUGUUCUGGUGAGUAGAAUCAUUACCUUCAGGCUUUUUGCUGUAAACACUGCCUUUUCAGAGAAAAUGCAGUGUUUACAUUACAGCCUAGUGAUAACUUCACUGGCCACUCCUCAGAUGGCUGUUAGAGAUCCUUCCUGGGUCAUGGCUGCCUAAAAUGCAUCCAAACAUUCCGUAUCUCCUCUCUCUGCAUGCAGACACUGAACUUUCCUCAUAGAGAUCCAUUGAUUCAAUUCAUCUCUAUGAGGAGAUGCUGAUUGGCCAGGGCUGUGUUUGAAUCAUGCUGGCUCUGCCCCUGAUAUGCCUCUUUGUCAGUCUCAGCCAAUCCUAUGGGGAAGCACUGUGAUUGAGCUACCACUUCUAAUGAUGUCAGCAGACUGCUUGGGUUUUUUUUUUUUGAGGCAAACAGCAUGCAGAGUUACAGAUUCAGGCUUGAAUACAGUAAGAUUUUGCUAUAUUUAUGGAGGCAUGAGGGACCCAGGGGGGCUAGGUUUUAACACUAAAGGGUCAGGAAUACAUGUUUGUGUUCCUGACCCUAUAGUGAUCCUUUAAUCUCACUGUAAAGAAUUUGGUAUAGUAAUAAAAAAAAAAUGUUCUGUGUUAAUUAAAAAAAAAAAAUUCCAUCAGAUAUCCAGGGCCUUUGCUGUGUCUGCCAGUGUGAGAAUAGGAACCGCUUUGGGAGCUGGUGAUACCGAGCAAGCCAAAAUAGCUUGGAAAGCUUCACUUGUGUGUGUAGGUGAGAAAUAAGUUCCUAGUUGACAUUAAAUAUGGCUAAUAAAGGAUUAAAGGGAACUUGUCAUGAUUUACCUCACCCUCCACUCCAAUGCUGCAUUGUCCUUACAGUGGUAGGUGUAAUACUUAUAUAACAUCCCCUGCUGUUCUGCCCUCGCUCCUCACAGUCUUUUCAUUGAUGACACCUCCUCAUGCAGGACAAGCCACCUCCAUGGUACCAACAUGCUGGCUUCAUUGCUAACAUGGCGGCAUCUGAAUAGAAUAAAGACACUCAUGCUGUGCCUAUACUCAUUAGCCAGGGCUAGCAGAAUCAGCUAUGGAGUUUCCAUAGCAACCACAGCACUGUGCCUGUCAUGCACUGAGAGCAGAAGAACCGCCUGUGCGAGAGCUCUUCUGCUCUCUCUUAUCAAUCAAUAAGUAAACUACUCUAUACCAAAGAAUUGAUUGAUCGCUGGAAGAAAGGCCUAUUUUUAAAAAACAAAUAUUUUAUUUUAAAGAAAAAUAUAACUGCACAGAUGAAAUUAUAAAUCAAAUUUAAAAAGAGAAAAAGUGACAGGUAAUCUUUUAAGUAUUAUUUAUCUUAAAAAUUUCCAUUCUCUUUACAUUUAAAUACAUUCUAUGAACUUUACAUUGAAUGAAAUUAUACAUUUUCUCAGUUAUUUUCAUUUUUUAAAUUUAGUUUUCCCAAAUCAUUUUCUUUGAAAAUAACAUUUUCUUCCAAAUAUCAUCCAUUCAAUUCCAAACAAACAAAAAAUGUGAGCAAAAAUGGGACAAUCAGUGUACUGCAAGUUAUAUACAUAAUAUAAAUAUUAUAUAAAUGUUUUACACUACACUUAUAGGCACAUUUUUCAGUCAAAGAUCAAGUGACAAAAAGAGGAGGUAAAAGGGGGGCUGAUUAUGAUUUUUUUUUUUAACUGUUCUUCCUUUUUUUCUCUCUACUGGUCACUUCUCACUUGAUUUAUAAAUAACAUUAACAUUUAGUGGCUGUCCCCUAGCCAUCGAGUAUCGUUUUUUAUUCUUCCAAAUCAUAAAUCAAACGAAGAUCCUGUCUACAAUAAAUUAAUUAAACUCAUUAUGAUCUUUUUGUACUCUUGUUUUUUAAUUACUCAAGGUUAACACUAGAUGCAUUCUUAACAUGUGGUCUUAUUACAUUAAUAUUUCCCAUCUCUUUCUCUUGAUGCUGAAAGAUGCCAUAAAAACACAAACUGACUUGGCCUUUUUAUCACAUUCAAGUUAGAGGAUAUGAAUUAUUAUUUUUUUUGCCAAAGGCCUACUGGUCAGAUUUCUACACUGGUAAAAUUUAUCCCUAUGUAGGUUAUUAUGCUUAAUUUUGAUAUGGUUUUCCUGCUAAGUUGGUGCAUAAAAUGUUUGGUUAAAAUAUUAACAAUCACACUUUUAUUAAUGUAUUUAAUGUUUUAUCAUCUUGAUUCUCAGUGUUGUUUUAUCUGGUGACCGGUAUUUUCUGGACUGGGCUGAAAGAUUAUGUUGCAUCCAUAUUUACCUCACACAGGUUGGUCAUGCCUAAACUAUAGCAAAUACUUGUGUAAUAAAAAUAUUUUUAGAUUAUUAUAAAAUGAUAUGUUUAAACUCUGGUCAUUAACCUCUAACUGCAGUAUGAUCAAAGAAUUUUACAUUCACAUUGUCAUGACAAACUACAUGGUUAUUUACGCUUUGGCCAUAUUAUAUAAUAAAAAUCUUUUUUGUUAAAAAUGUAUACGUUGUGCCAGUUUUAACAAAGUACUUUAAUUUUUUUGAGGAACACUGAGAGUCUUCUGGUGUUUGAGUCAAAUUGUUUCCAUGGGUCCUCUGGGUAACUGCAGUCCAGCCCCUCUUUGCAGAUAAUCGUCUAGGGAAGUUUUCCUUCUCUAUUAUAUAUAUAAAUUUGCCCAUAUUUAGACAGAAUUCAUUGGCAUUUGGCUCACACUGUGAGCUGGCACUCCUCAACCAAUAAAUACCAUCCAAACACACAGAUGUUGAAGUAGGAAUUUUCACUUUAGCAAUAUCUGUGAAGAGGAGUCUGACUAGGAGAGUAAAUGGUAUUCCGUUUGAAACAGCAUUAGGGUGUUCUGCUUGAGUGUCCCUUUAGUAUGUAGCCAGUCCUCUAUGCAUGCCGCACACUCAUACUGCUUUGUUAUACGUCAUAAUGCAUAUGUACAGUAUUUGAACAAGCUUAACACAUCUUUUAUUUAAAAUUAUAAGCAAAAAUAUAAGAAAAUCUGGGAAUAAGCCAAAUUAAAAUGGCUUCAGCUAUUUGGUAGUGGAACUUCCACAUAUCCCUGUAAAGUAGCAUUUGCAAGUCAGUAGGGGAGACAGUUGCAGAUUAAGAAAGGCAGGUUUUUGUGACAGCAUUAAGGUGUAGGGAUGAGAAAGUUCAAUGGGUAUAGCAGAUGGUAUUUUUUAAUAUCCUGGUUUUCAGUAAAUAAAAGAUCAACUGCCAGUAAUUAUAAAGUUGGUCAUUCAACCAACGUACAUUCAAAUUGUCUUUGCAAAAGUCAACUUCCUAGAACUUUGCAGUUACCAGUGGUUGAUUAGCCUGUAAAUGUAUUUUUUUAAACAAAUUUUUAUAAAUUGCUUAGAUGAGAGUGAUAAUAAUAUGUGCCCUGGUUAAUGUACCCUUACAGCUUUAUUCACUAACCUGAAAUUUCAAAUUACCAUUGAAAAUUUAAGGUCAAAAUCACCAAUGUGGAAACAUUUUCCAAGUCAGGUAUGCUGUCGAUACAGUUACUGCAUCCUUAAAUUUGAAAUUAACUUUGAAUUCUCACUUUAAUAAAUAACCCUGUUAAACUUGUGGGGGACACAACAGGAGAUCACCUUAUUAUUAUUAUUAUUAUUUUAUUAUUUAUAUAGCGCCAACAAAUUCCGUAGCGCUGUACAAUGGGUGGACUAACAGACACAUAAUUGAGAUCAGACCACUGACGUACAGGAACAGAGCAAAUAGCAUACUGUAUUUUUCCAUGUGUAAGGCUAUGUUUUUUUUCUAAAAAUUUUUAGUCUAAAAUUGGGGGUUGUCUUAUACACGUAAUGUCACUGCAGGGGUUAAAAAACAAAAAACACUUGUGCACGGGCCCUAGGUUAAGAUGGUGCCUGCCGCAUUUCAGUGUGCCAUGGUCCACACACAUACCUGGCUUCCCUCCCACUGAUCCUCUUUUGAAUGCUGUGGCAAGGAGGAAGAGGUUCAAAUAUGCAUGGCAGCCGCAGCAUACAUCAGCACUUACCAUUAACAGAGCUCCAGAGACAUGCCACGCCAUAAAAGGAGCAACCAUAUUAAGGUUUGCUUUACUUCAGGUAGGUCUUGCCUGCUGAUUUAUAUUUAUGGGGAGAAAAUUUGGAUCAGGGAGCAGAGGGACUACUACCAGGGCCGGAUUAACAUAGGGGCUGAUGGAGCUGUAGCUCCAUGCCCAGGCCCAUGGAACAGGCCCAAUGAUUUUAAAAAAAAAAUCUUUUUUUUACACACACAGUACUUUAAGGGUACUUUUAGGGUUGCCAGGUAUUUCUCAGAAGUAUUUCUUAUGGUUGCCAGGUAUUUCGGUAUUUGAGGCUGCCUAGCCAGUGCCGGUAUUGCAGUAAUACCGGCAAUACAAAUGUCUGUCUCAGUAUAAACAGAGAUUAUUCUGCAAUACCAGCACCGGCCAGUAGGGGUCACUGUUUGUGUGGAGAGAGGCAGGGAUAAGAAGUUACAGCAUCUCCCUCCCUGUCUCUCUCUACUCACUGAUCCACAAGGGAGCAGCAAAGAGAGUCCAGACAGCAGUUUCAAGCCUGUGAGACAUGGAGACGAUGAGAGACUUGGGGACGCUGAGACAUUUGGACACCCCUAGUCUCUCAGUGUCCCCAUGUCUCCCAGCCAGUGUCUCUAGUGUCCCAGUGUGCCUGGUGUCUCCCAGUGUGCCUGGUGUCUCUCAGUGUGCCUGGUGUCUCUCAGUGUCCCUAGCCUCCCAGAGUGCCCAUGUAUCUCAGUGUCCCCAUGUCUGACCCAGUGUCUCAGUGUCCCCAAGACUCACAGUGUCCCAAUGUCUCUCAAUGUCCCCUAGUGUCCUAGUGACAUUGGGACACAUGGAGACACAGACUCUAAGGGACACUGGGAGACUUGGGGAUACAAACACUAGGGGACACUGGGAGAUAUGGGGAUUGUGACGGUAGUAUAUGGUAUCACCGUCAAGCAUUCCUUUCUUCCCAUAAAAGAAAAUCACCCAAUACUCCACAAGUAGAAAUAUCCCUGGAAUCGCUGAAUAAUCCACACAUGAGCCAAGGCUUAAUGCUGGAACAAGACUGAUUUACUGGCACACAGGACUCACAAUUUAUGCAAUACAAAACUCCUCCUCUGGGCCAGGCUAGAUAAUUGAGUUUCAACAAUACACAAAGCUCAAUUAUCUGCUGCUUUUUAUAUUACAUACAAACAUAAUUUUAACAUCCCUGGGUAGCUGAGGAUACUGGUAGUCAUAUAUCCAAAUCUCACGAAUUUCCGUUUGGUAGUUUCCGUGUCGCAUCGUGUGGAAGUUUGACUGGCUCACCAUGUGGAGGUAUCUGAGCUAGAGUUCCAUAGAAUCAGUAGCAAGAGCGGGUCUCUGUUUGCAUCUAACUACACGAAAACCACCAUUCGUAUGGUGCAGCUGGUUACAUAUGAAUGUUCCCCUCAUUCGGUAGAUUCUAUCUACCGAAUGCCAGUUUGAUUCGUGGAGGGGAAUGUAUACAUCCAGGACUUCAAUGAAGACCGGACGUUUGUAUGUUUGCCUUGCCGAAAAUAGUUCCAGGCAAUUCAUGCGUACGCCCGCUGACCGCGUUCGUGAGUUUUAAGAUGGCCGUCAUCCUUUGUUCUCGCCAAUGUGUUCGUAUGCCGAAUGGCGGCCACCCAGGAGCAAUCAAGUUGUGGUUUUCUCCCCGUUCUAAUGCUGAUUGCUACCCAGGGUAGGUGGUCUCGCGUUCGGUAGACGAAUACAAGCUUUCACAUACAUAAUCAAACGAACUGAAUACAAGCAUUUAAACAGCAGGGAGAGGAUAUAACUGAAGGCACACAGGUAAGUACAAGAGAUCCUUCACAAGGAUAAUGAGACACUAGGGGACACUGAGAGACAUGGAGACACAGGGAGAUAUGAGGCACUCCCAGUGGCCCCAUGUCUCCCAGCCAGUGUCCCUAAUAUCCCAGUAUCCCCAUGUCUCUCAGUGUCCUCAGUGUCCUCAGUGUACCCUAGUCUCUCAGAAUCCCCUAGUCUCCCAGUAUUCCCAUGUCUCACAGUGCCCCCAAGUGUCUCAGUGUCCCCUAGAAUAAAAGAAAAUAACCUCAGGCACACACUGAUAGAUUUAAGCAGGUUUAUUGGACACCACAAUGUUUUGACCAGUACCCAGGUCUUUAUCAAGUCUCCAGUGUCCCCUAUAUAUCACAGUGUCCGCUAUGUAUGACAGUGUCUCAGUGCCCCAUGUCUCAAAGUCACCUAGUGUCCCCAUGUCUCCCAAUGUCCCCAAGCGUCUCAGUUUCCCUAGGUCUCCCAGAGUUCCCUAGUAUCUCAGUGUCCCCAUGUCUCCCAGUGUCCCAAUGUCUGUCAAUGUCCCCUAGUGUUCUAGUGACAUGGGAACACUGGGAGACACAGACACUAAGGGACUGGGAGACACAGACAUGCCCCCUUUUUUUAACCCUUUUGGAAGUUUUUGUUAUGUCAUUUGUGUCAGUGGCCCACCCUUUUACCCCACCCACAGACUUCCUACUUUACUGGACACUGCUGUUUGGGGGGUAUGGGUUUACUUGAAAGAUGAAUGCGUGAGAUUAGCAUAGGGUAUGUGUUUUCUAAUAGCUGCAUCUUAUGAGUUUCUCUCCAGCACCAUCUCCAUCAGAUACAUGACGCUUAGGAGGUAGGACAGUUUUAGUGUUUUUGGUCAAUAAGAUUUUGUAAUUAGGACCAUCAUAAUUGUCAGCACCAGGCCCACUGGGCUCUUAAUCUGGCCCUGAAUACUACUGUGAUGUCCCAGCAUGCACUCAUAUCACCUGCUGUAUUAUGGGAGCUGUAGUCUCCCAGCGUGUACUAUAGAGCUAGUAACUUCACAUCGUAGCACAGGGAGGCAUGAGAAUCAUAAGUGUGUUGUUCUCCUCAGAAGUCACCUCUAAAAUACCCAAAUUUUUCUAUUUAAUGUUUAAAAUAUUGAUUUCAGGGCGCGUGGUUUGUCCAUCAACCGCAUGCCGCAUCCCACCCACCCGCUCUAUAAUUAGCACAUAGCAGCAGCAACAUGACCCUAAUUUGCCACCGAGUCACCUCGCCAUGUCUGGUACCGGCUCUGGAGCUAAACCGCCGCUCAUGAAGAAGGGAGAGAGAGGGGGAUCCUGCAAUGCCGUGAUGGAUCUGUUCAUGGCCCCCCGCGCGCUUCAGACCUCGCAAAAUGGCCGCCACACCAGCCCACAUGGCUUGCAGUCCCCUGCAUCCGCGCAGAAAGUGAAGCACAGGACAGCCCUGGCAAAACCUCCCAGAUCCUACAGAAACUCUCUGCGGUGAAAAUUUAUCUGGCAGGGGAGUAAAAGCUGAAAAAUCCAAGCUUUAGGUGCACACACCUCUGACCUGGAACACGGCAUGGAAACAGUGGUGAGAGCACAGAAUACAGCAGUGACACAUGCUGACUACAUGGCCCAGCAACUGGAUAGUUUACAGGUGCAGGUGGAGGACCUCUCAAACCAUUCCAGGAGCACUAAUCUGCACAUAAGUGGCCUCCCAGAAUCUCCCAAUGAAGCGCCUUUAGCAUUAUUUUUUAUCAUAUAUAAUUUGUUCAACACACAACUGUGGUCUCAGACAGUCACACGAGCAAAAAUGGCUAUGCGUAUGCUACUUGGGUGGGAUCCUUUUAGCCCAUCCCCAAUUUGGCCCACUCAGGAUACACACCCUAACACAUCCCUAUGGAUACACCAACAUUACUACAUCGCCCAGGCACCUACAAUGAAAUGGGAAGGUAAAUAGCUGGGGGAGAGGCCACUUCCCCAAUAAAAGGAAGUGGAGGGGGAAAAGAAAAAGGAAUAAAAACCUGUAUCAGGCUGACAUAUGGUACUCCAGGGAGUGGGGGGCAGGCAGUGGGUGAGAGAUGAGGGGCACGGUCACCACUGUCCGCUUGCAGGGAUACCCAUGCCUCGCCCUGCGGCAUUCACAUAUACACCUCACACCAACAUUUGCGCCACCUACCAAGGUCAAAGGAAGAACCUAUUCACCAUCCUACGGGAUGGUCCUCCCACGAGAUCACUCCUUUUCUACUAAACUCAUACUGAAAUGGUGACGUGUCAUAUAUUGUGGGUCGUGCGCAUUGUAGCACAGCAGAUUGGGGAUGGGAGCUGCCAUCCUGUAGUGGGAACAAUGAGAUUCUGACCGGGGAAGGCUUGCACCCCCAGAGUGCUUUGGCAAUCCGUAAGACCAGACUGGUCGUUUUCAUUGUUUAUACACCUCUGUUCUGAGGUUAUGUUUCUGUUAUGUUUUCCUUUUUCUUUUUUGGUAUCUCCCCACGGCAUGGGGAACGUUCAGGCUUCUUGUACACUUGCCCUAUACAAAAGCAUAAAAACUCAAUCCCACACACCCAACCUGACUCUACACCUCUGAACGGCACUGCCCAAGCACACACACAAUGUUGCUGAAAAUACUAUCUUUUAAUGUAAAGGGGUUGAAUAACCCCACAAAGCAGGAGUUGAAGGUAAAAAGGGCUGAUCUUGCUCUAAUCCAGGAAACAUACCUCCCCAGGUCGGCAACGGUCAGGUUGACCAAUAGCCAGUACACCAAGGCCUUUGAGGCCAGGGCACUACAUAAGCGCACAGGCGUAGCAAUCCUCACUCACAAAAACUGCCCCAUUCACGUUUUGGGUUCUGUGGCCGACUCUGAAGGUAUAUUUCCAUAUCGGGUACCCUACAUAACACUAAAAUGCACACUAUUAAUGUAUAUGCUCCCAACGAACCUGAUCCCCAAUACUGGAACUCACUUAAGACAUUGGCUGGACGGGGGGAAGGCGUACUUAUAAUAGGAUGGGAUUUCAAUACAGUUUUAGUGUUUUUGGUCAAUAAGAUUUUGUAAUUAGGACCAUCAUAAUUGUCAGCACCACUGGGCUCUUAAUCUGGCCCUGAAUACUACUGUGAUGUCCCAGUGCUGUGUCCAGCAGUUGAUAGGAGCAAAAAAUCUGGAAUGGUUCGGUCCCACGGGAGGGGGUCACAGGACAAACUAUUUCACGAUUUUCUUGCCAACACCAACCUUCUAGACGCGUGGCGAAUCCAGCUCCCUAGCACCCGGGAUUUCACAUUCUACUCCACAAAGCACGGUACAUACUCCAGGAUCGACAACAUCUUUCUUGAUGGGGCGGGUAUGGCAAAACAUGUGCACUCUGCCAUAAAUUGCAUAACCUGGUCUGACUAUGCAGAUAUCGAGAUAAUUUUUUACAGACUCAAGUACUCCUCUAACUGGACGUUGAAACUAAACAUUAGCCUUCUCAGAGACAAGGGCUUAUGUAAGGCCACCAGCACAAUCAUAUGAGAAUACUUUACUCACAACAUCUCUUCAGACGUAGACCCAGUAGCCACUUGGGCCGCCCAUAAGUCGGUCCUGAGGGGCCAAUUCAUCAAGGUAGCUACACACAAAAAGUGAUGCACAACCCACCUCCUAUUGGAGCUGCAAGCAGCUCUGAGAAAAGCAGAGCAGCAACACAAAGCAAACCCAACAGGGGUGAAUGCGCUGCGACACUCUCUUAAAGAACUUUCCCUGGAGGGGGUGGCUCGCUCCAUUCUGUUGUCUCGGUGCUUGUAUUAUAAAAAAUCCAACAAAAUGGAUACAGUGUUAGCCAGAGUGCUGCGUCCUGGGAGUGGAUUUUGAUCCAUCACUAAAAUUCGCACAUCAACGUGGGACCUAGCAGACACUCCAAACACCAUUAACAAAGUCUUUACAGACUAUUAUUCGACAUUAUACAACCAUUGCCCAAAGCCAGAGGGGUCUGCCCCUGAUGGUUGUGCAGACCUACACUCAUUCCUGUUGGACCUAGAGUUGCCGCAACUCACGGGACCAGAGGUGGGGACCUUGGGUGCAGCCAUCACACCAUUAGAAGCUACCACGGCCCUAAAAGGUAAUAAAGCCCCAGGACCGGACGGAUAUGACAUGUGGUAUUAUACAAAAUUCAGGGAAGUACUGGCCCCCAACUCACUACCCUUUUCAAGGGACAUGGCGCUAGCAAACAUCACAUUAUUACCAAAACCAGAUAGAGAUGAGGAACUAGCAUCCAUCUCCCUGAUCAAUUCAGAUCUAAAGAACUAUGCCAAAAUUUUGGCUACCAGACUAAAUCUGCUUUUGACACACUUGGUCCACCCUGACCAGAUGUGGUUUGUGCCAGACAGCUCUACGAAAAUACUCGAAAGGGACCUGUACUGACAUGGUGCAUGUCAGGCUUGAGAGGGCCUUCACUGGCACUGUCCUUGGACGCCGAGAAGGCCUUUGACAGGAUGAAGUGGCCGUACCUCUUAAGCCUUCUCCGGGCAUGGGGCUUUUCAGAACUCUACUUGGUGGGGAUCUAGGCCCUAUACACAAACUUCAGAGAACAAACACUGAUAACUGGGGCCCAUUGCACCCCUUCCCCUUGAAUAAUGGCACAAGGCAGGGUUGCCCCUGUCCCCACACUCUCCCUGGAGCCGUAAUUGCAGGCCAUCCAACAGCAUUCACACAUACGGGUGGGUGGGUGGGUGUAGCUGGACGACAGUUCAAAACAUCAGCGUAUGCUGACAUCCUUCUUACACUCACAGACCCACUCAGCUCCAUGGAGCACCUGACUAAACUGCUAGAUCACUAUUGAGACCUGUCUGGGUAUAAAGCCAACCUGGCUAAAUCCAUGGCAAUGCCCUUCCACCUUUCAGCCCCAGACAUGGCACAGAUCAGUGACACAUAUAAGUUAUGCUUCGUUGACAGCACCCUGACCUACCUAGGCAUUAAACUUACAGCUGACCACACACAGUUAUACAACCACAAGUACCUGCCAACGCUCUGCAGCCUGAUCCAGAACCUGGAGAAAUGGACAGAAAAGCCUAUCUCAUGGCUAGGCAGACUUCACUCAGAGAAGAUGAAUAUUCUCCCCAGGCUGUUGUUUCUCUUCCAAGCCCUACCAGUGCUGGUCAUGAGAGGGGAUUUGGCGGGGUUACAAAAGGCCAUAGACACAUUCAUCUGGCAGAGGAAGCGCCCCAGAAUUGUGCCUAAAUUGCUAUACCGACCCAAAAAUAGAGGUGGGUUGGGGUUGCCGAACAUGUACCUCUACUACUUAGCCUCACAACUAGCCCAAAUUGUGCACUGGCACUCUCCCCCAGACCACAGGAGCUGGGUAGAUUUUAAACCUCUUCUGAUGGGAGCUGACCUUCCCCAGUUCUUUAUAUGGUUACCCAAGGAGAACAGGGCCUUUAUACGCACUACUUGCCCAGCGAUACUAAAUUUGAUCAGAUUAUGGGACCAGGUAGCACAAAAGUACUCACCAAUCUCCAAUAACGCUGUAACAGGGCCUUCCCCCCGGGAUACAUGCUAGAGACUUUAGAGGGAUUGAACACACAGGACUCCAAAGAUAUAUACACUUGUAUGUCGACGAAGCCCCAGUCACGUUCGAUAAGCUCAAGGAGCUCGCCCCACUAUCCAACAGGGACUACUUUAGGUACCUACAAAUAAGUGACUUUGCAUCCAAACCAGAGGUGCGAGCAGCAGCUGCCCGCCCACUCACAUUUUUUAAGCAAAUGUGCUUUCAAGAAAAGCAGCCAAAAAUCCUCAGGUCUUUCCUGUACAGCCACCUCAGUGUGGAGGCUAACCAAUGGGAAAACCUCAGAUAUACCGAUCUGUGGGGGCCGACCUGGACGAGGUACUGGAGGGCACGGAUUGGCAAGACAUAUGGGAGGCAUGCGCACAGUCCUCCAUCUGCGUAACCCUCCAAGACCAAUUGUUUAAAACACUGUUUCGGUGGUACACCACCCCACUCAAACAACACCAUGUGAAACUUAGCCCCACUGACAUCUGCUGGCAAUCCUGUGGUGAAAAAGGAACCUACAUACAUAUGUGGUGGAAAUGCCCCACAGUCAGUCUUUUCUGGAAGUGAGUGGUAGAGCUAAGUCCUAAAAUAUUACAAAGAAUGCUAGAUUUAGACCCAUGGGCAUGCUCACUAUCCAGGCCUACUGAUAGACUCCCCCACCAUGAACAGAAACUACUCGACAAACCCUGGCACCGAAGUGGUUGAACACUGAACCCUCCUCCCUAUCACUGGUAGUGGCCAAAAUAAAAGACAGCUAUCUUAUGGACAAGAUAACAUCACAGCUCCGCAAUACGACUGCCACCUUUCAGAGGGUAUGGGACCUGUGGGAGCUAUACACAGAGGAGAUGGGAUUGUAGGUUGUGAGAAUAAUUACACAUAAUGACAUACAACAACCCCCCCGUACCAUGGGAUUCUGAGAUUCUACUAUUCUAUCCCUUCCAUUAAUUUAAUUACCUUCCUUACCUUUUGACACUGUGUCGGUAUGGUCUCUUAUAUAAGGUAUGGUAAGACUGCAGUCUGCAUCCUGCUUCUACGCCAUCUGCACAUGCACCUCACAGACAGGGGAGCUCACUAUACUUCUACUCCGCACCUCACUGACUCCUGGGCUUUUCCACACUACAGCCAUUUAUGGCUAUUGACAUUGGCUCUAAGUGAUUCCAAAUGUCCCUCACCACUUAAUACCUACACACAAAUACAGUUAGCACUGAUUUGACCGCACCACACUGCCGCGUUCAUCCUUGUAAGCAACAAUCUUAAAUGUUUCAUCAGAAAACACUAAUAACAAACCAAAAAGAAAAUGCAAAUGAAUAGAAACUGUGGCAUUGGGAGCGGUGGUACGAAUGAACUACGGCUGGCACCUACAUUCCCCGCAUAGUGAAGUGCACACACCCCUAAUGGCCAUACUGCUGGGACUUAUCUUACCUAUUUUCCUACCUUUCUGUUAUACCUUUAUUAUUCCUAUGCUUAAACAAAAUACUUUGACAGUUGGUCCUUGCUUUUCUCACAAAGGGAUACAUGGUCUGGAAUACCGUAACAAAGGUUCUUUUACAAUCUGUUGCCUGUAAUAUUGCAUUGUACGCUAUAUAUACGAUACCUGUAAGUACCUUCCAACCUCAGUGUAUCCUAUCAUUGAAUACUGUCAUCGCAAAAAUAAAGAUUUAAAAAAAAAUAAAAAAAAAAAAUAUUGAUUUCAUAACUUUGGGCUAAAAAAGUAGGGGUUGUCUCCCCUAGUGGGGGCGUGUUAUAUACAGACAAAUAUGGUAAUUUGCGCCAUUUGGCCCAUUGAAAAUACUACUACUAAUAUUACUAAUAACCAGUAAUAUUACUUUUUGCACCUUUGAUGUAUUCUUCUCACCUUUUAGCUCUGAUUGUGUUUCUUGUGUGAUCUGGUAGCGAAAUCCCUAGGUAGGUGCCGCAUUUUAGCGAAAUGCUGCACAUGCAGACUUCAAAUCACUGAAGUGGUCAUGGUGCUUGGAGUAACCCUUUAAUAGUUAAGGAACAUAAACAUAAUAUUUCUAAUGUAUUAUUUUUUGCUUUGUUUUAGAGAAACUGGAAUCCUGGUAUCACAGCUCAUGCUAAUAUUUGCUCCAUUUAAUGUAUUUGAUGGUAUUGCUGUAAGUAUGAAUUCAUGCACUAUGAUUAGAAUACGUAAAUCAAAAAGAAUGACAUAAUACUUGCUAAUAUUUCUUAUUAUUUUAGUACACGUCUGGUGGGAUAUUAAGAGGAUCUGGAAAACAGUUGAUUGGAGCAGUGCUGAAUGCAGUUGGCUAUUGCAUCAUUGGAUUACCCGUGGGAAUAUCAUUGAUGUUUGCUGCAAAACUUGGUGUAAUAGGUAGGCUCUGUGACUGCUGCAUAUUUCAUAAUGCUAUACCUCCAACAAGUCCCCAUAUAGGAGGGACAGUCACUGUUUUCUAUUCUAAUGUCCCUCUUUUCUAGGAACUCUAUAUUGUUUGUGUGUCAGGUUCUACCGAUAUUAAUUUUUUAGGGCCGAUACCGAUAAUAUGUGACCUUUCAGGUCAGUAACUGCUAGCAAUAAUUAUUCCCUGCUCCCUGCCUUUACCUACUGCCAGCAAGGGGAACAUUACACUUCCUGGUGGUCCAGUAGCUUUUCAUUCCUCCAUCCCUGCCUUUUAUCUGUGGCCAGGGAGAGGGACAUUUUAAUCCCAGUGGCUUUGUGCAGGCCGCUAGGGGGUUUCACGUUGUAGAAGGGGUGGCUGGGAUCCAGCACACACUAUCUUCUGUUUCUGGCUGAUCCUCUUUCCAACUCUUGCAAGCCUGGUUUGUCGCAUGGGGGCUUGCAAGAUUUGCAGAGAAGAGCUUAAGGGCAUCAACUGCCACCGAUAAUGAUAUUUGCCAUAAUGCUAAAUAUCGGCCAAUAAUAUCGGCCAGACCAAUAACUUGUCCAUUCCUAGUCUGAGUGUACGGUUAUGACCCUAGGAGCAACAUAUGGGGAGCACAUAAGAUACAACAGUCAAAACUGAGAGGGCACUAAUAAUUUUAACUAGGGCAUAAGGUAAUGUGCCGCCAUUGGCUGUCAGACAACAACUUUGGACAGAAUUCACAUUAGCCACCUGGAAUUUUUGUUUUGGGCUCACUGAUAAUACCUCUUUAUUUAGGUCUAGGCUUAAAUUCCCUCACUGUGUUAACCUCUACCACUUCCCUAGUGCGUCCACUACCCUCUCUAUAAAGUAAUACUUUCUGAAAUUAUUUCUAAACCUUUGCCCCUCUAAUUUAAGUUUGGUUUGCUGAUCAUUACAUCAUGCCCCUGCAGUCUCAAUGAUCAAUUCUCUACAAUGUAUGAGUUAAAUCACUUUGUUUAUACAGUCCUCGUCACACCUCCCUGCAUGUGACUUACACAGCCUUCAUAAACACUUCAUGUAAAGAGAGAUCUAAUGUUUACAUUUCCUUUAUUGCACAGUCUGUUUAAUUAAUUUAUGUAUUUAUUUAUUUUUUAUGACACUCAGAGUUAGAAAUGAUAAGCUAGUCAGCUUUUUAUUGUGUAUCACCAUGUCAAUUCCUCAGUGAUAAAAAAAGUGAUUAAAAUAUUUAUGAUGCUGAAAGGAAUUGUUAAAAGGGUAGGAAAAUUAAAGUGACUGUUUUAUUUGCUGCAACCUUUGUUGUUUUUCACCCCCUCCUUCCCUGUUUUCCCACCCUUUUUCCCUCUUCCCCUCAGUUUAGUUUUCCUUUCCAUUAUCCAAAACUUAUUUUAAAUCUAAUAAAGUAAUAAAGUGUAAUUCUAUUAAAAAUAUCUAUUACAAAUACGUUGAUGUAGAAAAUCAAACUCCAUUCACACAACCAUUCAUACCUGUUCCGGUUUGAGAGUAGAGGCGUUAGUUGGAAGGACUCUCAGGCAAGUCUGUACCAGAAGCCAGUGUCAUUAUAUAACCCCAGGUUCUCAAGACUAACAUAUACAGCUUUCUCCAUGAAUCUCUGAUAGUUAAUCUGUGAGGCAAUUUCAGUCCACUUAGGCAACGCCUUAAAUCUCCAUUUUCUCACCAAACAGAUUUUGGUGGCCAUUAAUAUAUGCACAAUUAGCAUUCUAUUUCUUCUUCCAAUUUGGGGAAAUCCUAAUGGAACAAAAAGAGUUGGGGUUAGUUUAAUAUAGGACUGUGUUAAACUUGUAAGUUCAUUUCCUAACUUGACCUUCAAAGGUAAUAGGCAGGUACAUUCCCACCAUAUAUGCCGUAUAGUUCCAGUUUGCCUCUCGCAUCUCCAACAAAGAUCACUAAUGUUGGGUUGAAACUUACUUAACCUAUCUGGUGUCAGAUACCAUCUGUGUAAUAUUUUGAGAAAAUUUUCAAACAACGAAAUACUAUGAAUAGUUUUUUUUUUGUCAGAUUUAAAGCGGGAACCCAUUCACUGGAUACAAAUUCUGUGCUCAGCUCCCUUUCCCAUUUCAGAAUCCCACGAAGCUUUGUACCCGUUUUGCUUAUAUACAAUAAUUCUCUAAUCCUAGAAGACAAAUUGGAGCAAUUAUCUAGGUCAUAGAGUUUUUCCAGCUUAUUACCGCUCUUAAUUUCCCUAUUUUUAAAAAAAAGUUUUUUAAUUUAAUGUAAGUAAAGUAUUCUUUGCUGGAAAUUCCAUAAUUUGUACAUAGAGUAGUGAAUGGUCUAAAAAUCACUCCGUCAAAUAGGUUUCCAAUAUAUACAAUGCCAGCUUUUACCCAACUCCUUAUAUUUAUAUUAUCAAAUAUAGGGACAAAGCUUCUAUAGGAGCAUCCAAGGAGAUACAUUCUUUACUAUUAUGCUUCCGUCUUACAAGAUGGGUACCAUGAUAAAUUUCACAAAAAUACUCUAUUUUCCACAUUAAGUCAUUUUAUACCCAAAUUAUCUGCCCAAAGCAAGAAAAAAGGGUUCUUGUUGGAUACAACUUGUUUUUCAUAACCUAACCAUAAACAAUUUUCUGGGACCUUAAAUUUACAUUUAAUCAAAUGAGAUAUCAUUAUGAAGUCAUAAAUCAAAUAUACAUUGGGGAGGGAUGUUCCCUCAUCUUUUAAUUUGUGGGACACAUUUGUGGAGAAAAUUCUGGGUCUACUCCUCCCCCAUACAAAUGUAAUAAAUAAUUCAUGGAAUUCGUGUAGCAUACGUUUGGAUACUCCUACAGGAAGAGUUCUUAAUAGGUAUUCCAGUUUGGGCAUUAAACAAGAUCGUACUCCGUUUAUUCUCCACAGCCAUGAUAUAUAUAAAUUCCCUCAUUUAUUUAUGGUAAGUUUGUCCUGAUAGUUCGUUAUAAUUAUUGUUUACUAUCUUAAACCAAAUAAAACUUAAUUGUAUCCCCAAAUAAAGCAUUUUAUUCUUAAACUGAUUAAAUGGGUAAGAAUGUCCCAAUCUAUGUAGUUGGUCAAUUGGGACACUAGAGUGAAUUACUUGUGUCUUUUUUAAAUUUAAUUUAUAGUUAGAGAUUCGACCAAAUUCAUAAAUGCAUUUCAAAACUGCCAACAGAAAGACUUCUGGAUUAGAAAGUGUCAGAACUACAUUAUCUGCAUACAACUUGAUCUUUGAAGUCUGGUCGCCAUAGUAAAUUCCCCGGAUUUCCUCCUCCUGUCUUAUAUAAGCUGCCAAGGGUUCUAUUGAAAGUGCAAACAACAUUGGGGACAAAGGGCUCCCUUGUCUCGUCCCAUUAGCCACCCCAAACCAUUUUGAGUUUCCCGAGACCAUGGCAGAUAAAGCAGUGUAUAGACUCAUAAUCCUAUCCAGUAUAGGCCCUUUGACUCCAAACACCUUCAAGAUAUCUGACAGAUAGUGCCAGCUACCUCUGUCAAAGGCCUUUUCGGCAUCCAGUGCCACAAAGGCCACUGAGGAGGAAAUAGAUUAGAAAUAGAUAGGGAACAGAUUUAACAGUUUGCAAACGUUAUCGCAAGGUCCUUAACAAAUCCUGUUUGAUCAGGAUGAACUAAUUUGGGAAUGAAAUCCUUUAAUCUCUCCGCCAGGAUCUUGGAAAAUAUUUUAAUAUCGGUAUUCAACAGGGAUAUGGGGCAAUAGUUAGUGACAAACUUAUGAUCUUUGUUGGGUUAUACAGGCUCGUAGCAUUUCCAAUGGGAAUGGGCAACCCUUAUCUAUUUCUCUGUCAUGCGGUAACACUUCCGGGUUCGGCACUCCGCUGUGACGAGCCGGACCCCGCCCCCCUCUGACACAGUUCUGAUGGUAUUUAGGGAGACCGCGCCAGAGAGAGGGGGCUUGGUGAAACUGGGAGCUACUUCCGCCUGACUUACCUCUCCACAGGCUCUGGCAAUAUGGGUCCUACUUCCAAGUAUGCACGCCAGCUCCUGGGACACGCCGGCUCUACAAGCUCUGAUGUUGUCCUAGAAUUCUGGGCUAAGAAAAGUAUACUUCAUGCCAUAGAGGAUUACUGGAGAACAGAAACUCACUUACUUUACAAGUGGACCAUACCACUGAACUAUUGGAGGACCACUCACAUUAACCUUAAGUAUUAACCUUAAGUAUAUCUUUCAGCUAUUUGUCUACAAUAUCAUUUAAUAAUGAACUAAUGCUUGCUUACUAAAUCUUCACUGCUUCAAGCUACUAAUUAUAUGGAGGACAACUCCCAUCAUGCUUAUUCACAAUGAACUGUUUCUUGCUUUGCAAAUACACGCAGUACUUCAAGCUACUAAUUGUAUGGAGGACAACUCCCAUCAUGCUUAUUAACUAUGAACUGUUCCUGCUUUGCAAAUAUUCUCAGCUACUUGCUUAAAGUUACUAUUGAAGAUUAUUCUCAUUAACCUAAAGAAUGUUACUUAAUGCAUCUUUGAGGAAAUACUUAUUAAUGAACUUGUGUUGUUGAUUACUUGCACUUCUUCUUAUUGGAUUAUUGCCUAAAUGCAAUUCAUUUAAGUUUAACACUUAUUAAAACUUCGUUUGAAUCAAGUUACCAGCAAUUCUCUCUUUUCUUAAAGCUACAGUAUUGAUACUUUAAAGAUUCUCCCUUUCUUCACUAUUGUAAUUAGGGAGUUUUACAAGCUGCAGUUGAGUUCCAAUCCAAAUCACCCGAGUAGCGUAACAUUCUCCAAAUACUUUUAGUAAAAUUGGAGCUAUGAUAGGCUCCAUUAUCUUAUAGAAUUGGGCUGUGUAACCAUCCGGCCCUGGGGAUUUUUCCUCCUUAAGGUCUUUAAUAGAUUUAGAGAACUCAUCCAGGUUCAGAGGAGGACUCAAUUUCUUCAAAUCCUCCUUGCCCAGUCUUGGUAAUUUAAAUUUUUUGAGAAACUCGCGGCUUGCUUCUGAGGUUGCCCGUUCCGAUCGGAGAUUAUACAGAGCCCUAUAAUAUGAGGCAAAAGCUUUACCUAAAUCUAAUGGAGAGAUAUUAACUUUGUCUGCCUCAAUUAUCUUCCUAAUUAUAUGGCUUUUUUUAAAACUUAAGUCUGUCCGAAAAAUGCUUGCUUACUCUAUUAUGCCCAUGGUACUAACGUUUGGUUCAAUUUUAUUAUGGCGUUAUUUCUUAUUUCCAAUUGGGUCUCCCUGAUUUGAGCUGAUCUCAGAUCUGUAACCAUUUUUCUAUUUCCUGCUCCAAUUUAGCUAAAACAAUAUGCAAAUCCUUUAAAUCUUUCCCACAGGAUUUCUUGCGUUGGACCACCAACUUAAUUAGAAUACCUCACAUGAAGCUUUUGAAGGCACACCAUAGUGUGCCUCCAUUGACCUCAUUAUUGUCAUUAUUAAAAAAAAAAAAAAUUCUUCAACCUGUCUUAGCAGAUACUUCUGGGUUUCAUCCGAAUGUAUAAGUUCGUCAUUCAACCUCCAGGAAGUUCUGCCCUCCCUUGGCCCAUUUUCCUCUAUCUGUACAAGUAUUGGGGCAUGAUCAGACCUGGUAAUUUUUGAUUUCCAAAAUGCAACCAGGUUGCAGCUUUUAGUUAAAAAUUGAUACAUUCUUGAAUAAGAUUUGUGAACUUUUGAAAAAAGUAAAAUUGCGAUCGUUAGGGUGUUGUGUCCUCCAGAUGUCAAAUAGGCCGAAUUAAUGCAGAACUUCCUGGAAGGAAAUACUAUUCAUCUUACUUCGUUCUGACUCCUUCAUGCAAUAUUUUGAUGUUUUAUCUGCUUUUAUAUCUUGUAUCAUAUUAAUGUCCAAAACAAUCAACAGGAUUCCUUUUUUGACCUGAUCUAAUUUAGAAAAUAUUUUUUUAAAGAACUUUUGAGAGUAUACGUUUAGAGAGGAAACAUUAAGAAGGGUGUAGCACAUGCCAUUUAUAUUAAAUACCAUUAUCAAGUAUCUUCCUUCGGGAUCUUUUAAUUCCACAAUCAGCUCAAAUUUUAACCAUUCUGCAAGGAUAAUUGCUACUUCUUUUUUCUUUUUAUUUGGAAGACCCGAGGGAAAAAAACCCUUAAGAAAUCUGGUAAAAUGCCAUCAAUGUGCUCCACCAGUCUUCCAAUGGGUCUCCUGCACAAAGCAUAAAUCAAAUUUGUUUUUUACUAUAGAGUCAUAUAAAUAGCCUCUUUUUUGAGGUGUAUUGAGACCCUGUGCGUUGAUUGAAAAGACUUUUAAUAUCGUCUAUACAGAGCCAGGCGAAGUCCCCGCUGCCAACAUCUUACAUAACCCGGGACAAGACAUUCACAUGCACAGACAAUAUUACAUUCAUCCUUACUGUCUUAAGACAAUGUCUAAAUAGACAGAAUCCUAGCCUAUAUUUCUAUCUAGGCUAAAUCACAGUUGCUGACAGGAUCGGGGUGGAGUCUAAUGCAUUCAAUGUACCUUCCCAAUCUACCUCUUCCAGAGAAAAAUAAAUACAAAAUAAAAAAAAAAACACUUUUCCGUUUGCAAAUUUCUUGACUUUUCUGAAGUAACAUCGCUCAUAUAUUGUCAUGUUCCUGAGCAGGUCAGAGAGGAGACGAUUGCCAGGGUUAUUGGUUGAAACUUUAUUUGUUUUUUUAGACAUACAAAAUUUACUUGAAAGAAAGAAUUAAGGCAAUAUGCCACAAACAGGAUACUUUGAGAGUAAAACAGAAUAAAGGCAAUAUGCCACAAACAGGAUAUCUUGAAAGUAAAUUAAUAAAGUAUUUUAUAUACAAGUAGGUUUGAUGUUAUUCCCAAGUAGAGUAGUAAUCUGUGGAAUGUCACACUGCAGCCAGGUUCAGGAUGAUACAGGGUUGAAUAGUUAAAGCUCGUUAGUACUUUCAGCAUAAUAUAGUAGAGGUUACUUAAAGGAUUAUGCAGAGUUGCAGCAGUUGAGACAGGUAAGUAGAUUCCAGUAUAAUGUAAUACAGGUUGCUUACAAGAUCAUGCAGUGUUGCAGCAGUUGAAACAGUUAAGUAGAUUCCAGUAUAAUGUAAUACAGGUUGCUUACAGGAUCUUGCAGAGUUGCAGUAGUUGAAGAUAAGAGUUUCAGGAGGAUUCCGGCGAUGGGACACACAAAGUCUCAAUAGAGGAUCAGGAUGUUUUCAGGAGCCAGGAUCCAGGAUGUUUUCAGGAGCCAAGAUCAGAUUUUCUAUGUCAGAACACUGACUUCAAUGUAAAGGCCAUGUGAAGAGUUGGGUGUGGCCUUUUAUAGCAGACUUGGAAGAUCAUAUGAGACAGUUGAGAGCAACUGAGGAUUGACUAGUGGCCAGGAAGGCCACUAGAGGUGAGAAACAGGUAUAAUAGACUUUCUUUUUCCUUCUCUAAAUUUUUUUGUGAUAAAUUCUAAACCAUAUAAAGUCCGUUCCAAACAUUCAUUGAUUCAAAGUACUAAAUAUGUGUUAAGUGCUGAUUUAUUAAGCAAAAAAAAACCCUCCUUUUACAAUUAUUAAUUUUACACAUAUUUCUUCUUAAGUAGAAAGUCCCUCUUUGUUUCUUAAAGUUAUAGUCAUAUCCCUAAAUUUCCUUCUGUUAGUCCUUGUAGCCAGCGAAAGGUCAGGAAAGACAUAGAGGAUAAAAAAUUUAGAGCCCCUUGUUUUAGGGUACUGAGCCUUCCUUAUGAAAGAGUCUUGUAACCCCUUAGUGACCAGGCCAUUUUUCAAUUUUCUUACUGUUAAGGACCACAUUUCUGUGGUGUUUGUGUUUAGCUGUCAUUUUCCUCUUACUCAUUUACUGUACCCACACAUAUUAUAUACCGUGUUUCUCACCAUUAAAUGGUCUUUCUAAAGAUACCAUUAUUUUCAUCAUAUCAUAUAAUUUACUAGUAAAAAAAAGUAAAAUAUGAUGAAAAAUGGAAAAUAAACACAGCUGGCCAUCAUGCACCCAUGUCCCAUUUGGGACAUUUUUUAAGCCGGCCAAUGUAAUUUACCCCCGUCAAACCAUAUGUUUUUGAAAAGUAGACACCCUAGGGUAUUUCAAAUGGUGGUAUUUUAACACUUUCCAUGCACUAAUUCUACCACUAGUCUCUGUCAAACGUUUGGGUAGUAAUUUUUUUGUGUUAUUUUUCACACACAUUCUACUUUAGGCAUAGAUUCUCAGCUCCUGUUAGGUGGUACUGACAAAUAUGUGUUCAGCAACAUGGCCUGAGUACAGCGAUACCAUCUAUGCAUAGGUUUUUUUGGGUUGUUUCGGGUGUGCAAAGCCAAACGUCUGACAUGUGUUUUUCAAAUUUUACAUAUCUUCUUUGCCUAUCUUCUUUUUGGGGGCCUUUUCAGAUAUCCCAAUUUAUUUUCUUGCCAUGAGCGUGCAUAUAUUUAAAAAGUUGACACCCCAUGGUAUUGUAUAUGGACUGUUUUGGUGCCUUUGAUGCAAUCGUUGUAGUCAAAAAAUUGAUUGUGUGUGGUGGUAAUUGUUCAAUUUUCAUUUUUACACACACAUUGCUUUUUGACUGUGAUUUAGGAGAGCCUGUUGUUGGUUACUGCAAGAAAACACUCCAGGUUGUUUUCUGCAAGGCCUCCUUAGUACACCCAUGCCCCCCAUGCACAGGUUUGCCAGGAUUUUGGGAAGGUACAGUUACAAUUGUAUGACUUGUAAUUUGAGUUGAAAUUGAGAGUAUUUCUUCAGAUAUUCCUAUCUUUAGCUUGGGGCUUAUCACAUACGCCAGUUUUAUUUAUUGCCAUGAAAGUGUAUAUAUUUGAAACAUAGACACACAGAGGUAUUGUAUAUGGAGUGCUUUGAUGCAACUGUUUUAGUCAAAAAAAUUGAAGAAAGUGUGUGGUGGUAAUUGUUCAAUUUUUAUUUUUACACACACAUUGCUUUUUAACUGUAAUUUAAGAGAGUUGUUGGUUAUUGCAAGAAAACACUCCAGGUUGUUUUCUGCAAGGCAUCUUACAACAUCCAUCACCCUUCCUGCAUAGGGUAAACGUAAAAAAAACAAAAACUGAACGGCAAAUGUUAAAAAGCAGUCCCCAAUGCAGUCUAGGCUGUCCAGGGACAGGGAUAUACAUAAUCUUUUCUCUGCCCCCUCUUAAAACAGACUCCGCAUCUUUUUGGGGGAUUCUGCUUUGCCGCAGGAGGGGGAAUUUUAAAAAUAAAAUGUGUAGCCCCAACUUUGCUCUUUCCCAUCACCACCCGGGGAGCAGGUGCAUCACGGUGCUAAAUCCCCAAAAUGUUGUGGGUUGCAAUCUGCAUUAGGUAGAUUGCAACCUUUUUGUACCAGGCCCUUGUCUUUCGUAUAAUUAGGUAGGGCUGCAGCAGCUGAUCUGCCAGAUCAACCCCACCCAUAUGCCGGUUAUAGGCCUUGAUGCAAACUGGCUUCCUUGUGCACUCAGCUCUCCCACGUACAGAGACCUCCACAGUCCCCUCAGUGUGGAUGGUGGUAAGAAGGUACACAUCCUUCUUGUCUCUGUACUUAACUGCCAAUAGCUCCUGUUGGCGCAGAGCUGAGGUCUCCCCCCUUCGUAGCCAGGUGCGUGCAAGUUGUCCUUGGAAACCUGCGCUGUUCUUUUUGAUUGUACCGCAAGCUACUGUAUACUUAGCAAUAAUUAGUAUAAGUUUUCAAGAUACAUGCAUAAUCAAAUAGCUUUUUAGCAACAGUAUCCAGCAACAAAAAGUUAGAUUCAUUUCCAAAGUAGUUGCAUGCAAAAUUACAGAUAGUUCCUCUACAAUUUAAUUGUUAUUUUAUAGAUACAGAUUUCAGCAAUGUUAUAGCUCAGUUUUAGAAAUCUAUUUCACCCAGAAUGUAACACAGAGAUAGCAGCACAGCUCAAAGUCCUAAAAACUAGAUGCUGACAGGCAGUUACAAUCACACAGAUAAUUAACUCCCUCACUGCUGGCCACAAUUCUCACAGGCUAAACACUUAAACAUUGCAAACAAGGUAUACAAUGUUUCUCACACAAAUAUCAUGGUCCGUGCAGCUAUCAACCUGCUGCCCCGAUGGUUGAAGACGUGGGCACACCAGAUGAUGCUGGCUAAGAGUUCUGUCCUCGACAGCUGGGGUCCUUCAUGACUGCAAUGGAUUCGCAGUGCAAGACCACUGUGACACAACUUGCUCCAUGUCCCAGAAGAUCUCAGGUUCCCAGAAACAGGGAGACCCUGUACCAACGACACACCCCCUUGUUGCCUCUUUAUGAUCCGGUUCCAAGGGUGACUCCAAUGGACAAAGAGGAACCUAUGGAGAUUGGUGUCAUCUGCACCAGGUUAUUUUCCAAGGAAAGAGACCAUAGGAGAAGCAGCAGUCUUGGUUUCAAUUGUGGAGAAAGAGGGCAUUUUAUCACACUUUGCCCAGCUCACCCACCUAGGCCAAAAGCUCUUCUAUUGGAUACCUUAUGGACCUGUUAUCUACUAAGCAGCAUGCUAUUUUGCUGUAAAAGAGUUUGGUUAAAGUCAGGGUUAGAUCUCAGGAAACCUUCACUACACCAGGUAUGUUCCAGCGUUAUGUUAACCAACAGCUACAAUCCAAACAAGAAUGUAAAGUGGCUGCUUAAGAUGAUACUGACCAAGCUGUACACUAUUUACUAUUAAGGUGGCUUGUCAAAUCAAGGUUAAAUUUCACAGUACUUCAAUCUCCAACUAUAUUCCUGACAGAGGUGUAGUGUUUCUCCAUGACUUGCACCACAUUUAACUUGGUGACAUUAUUCCCUUAUUGUGCUCAAGGAAAAGAAAAAAAGCGAGUUUACGAACAGAAUCCUAAACUUAUCUAAUCUGUCAGCAGUCCCAGGUGUAGGAUCUACUAGAUGCUCUAGAUAGAUCUCUAUUUUGCUAAACCGGUGUUUCGCUGGAAGUUUAAUAUUUAUGUGACCUGCAGUCUGCUAGCAGCAUUCCUUAGCUGCCAUGGUGUGCUCCCUCCAAGCUGUUUCAGCAUUCACCAUUACUGGCUCUUCCGAUUACCCCUCCUCCAUGCAUGCAACGUCAGCACAUCCUACAUUGACGCCCUUCCUCCAAUGGAACCCAGUCUGUUUAAUUUAGAAUUUUAUAUCUCAUGCAUGAUUAAUAGCUUGUUAGAUCUUGCAGAAGCCACCUGUGUGUGAUUAAAGUUAAAUUUAACAGGAGAUAAAAACUUCGAAAGUAAAUUAACAUUGGAUUGAAAAUGAAACCACUUUAUUCAUGUACGCCGUGUGAGUCACAGCCAGGGGAGAUGUGUCUAGGGCAGCAUUUCCCAAUUGGGUUCCGCUGAACACAAACUAGUGUUCCGACCCAAAAAAUUGAAAAUAAAAUGGUCGCGGGCGGCGAGGGAGCAGUGAGCUCUUUGCUCAGCUCCCUCACACGCAUAGCAGUGAUGCCGGAGCCGGAAUAUGAUGUCACCCCGGCUCCGGCAUCACUAAGAUGCGCGCGAGGGAGCUGAGCAGAGAGAUCAGAGCUCCCUUGCUGCCCGCCUCCACUGCUCACAUGUCUGUCCCUCGCCGCCCGCCAAGCUGCAGCCAUCCCCACUGGACCACAGGGACUUCAUGCCAGUAGCCCCACUGGACCCCAGGGACUCCAUGCCAGCACUCCUAAAGGUAGGGGGGGCUGGGUGGAGUAAAAUAUUUAAAAAAAUAAGUUGUAUGUGUGUCUGUUAGGGAGUUUGUAUGUGUUUGUGUGUUUGUCAGUGGGAAUGAAUGCAUGCUUGUCAGUGAGUGUGUGAGUGUAUAUGUUUGUCAGUGAGAAUGUAUCUGUUCUUGUCAAUAAGAGUGUAUGUGUGUUUGUAUGCAGGGCUGCCAUCAGGGGGUGACAACCAUGACGGUUGUCACGGGCCCGGCAGCCCUAUGUGGCCUGGCUGCCCGGGCCCCAUGUGUUGCGGCGGAACAGUCGCACCGGGGCCCGCACGCUGAUGGGGCCUAUCGGGUGGCCCACACACUUAGGGCCACCCAAUGGGCCCUAUAUCUUCAGUAAUCACUUCCUCCCAGCAGCACUUGUGUUGCGGCUGCGUUUUUUUUUUUAAAGGGGCCCGGUCGCGCUAUUACACGGCCGCAGCACUGACUGGGCCAAUUUUAAAAUUAAAAAAAAAACGCAGCCGCAACGCAAGUGCUGCUGGGAGGAAGUGAUCACUUCCUCCCAGUUCACUCCGCGUGGGAGGAGAGCCAGCGUGGACUUAAAGAGGGAGAGCCGCACCGACCCCCAUCAGCCCCAACCACCCUCCUGCAAAGACAAGGUAAAAAACAGGAGGGUGGCUGAAAAAUGAGCUAAGUGUGUAUGUGUCUGUCUGUCUGUCUGUAUAUAUGUAUGUCUGCAUGUCUGUAUAAUGGGGCAGUAUGUAUGAAUGUAUGUAUGUCUGUCUGUAUGUAUGUAUGCCAGUAUCAAUGUAUGUCUGUAUGUCAUUAUGAAUGUAUGUCUGUGUGUGUGUAUGUCUGUAUGUAUAUGUAUAUAUAUGUAUGUCUGUAUGAAUGUAUGUCAUUAUGAAUGUAUGUGUGUGUGUAUGGAUGUCAGUGUCUGUAUGCAUGUAUGUCAGUACGCAUGUCUGUAUGUCAGUAUGAAUGCAUGUAUGUAUGUCAUUAUGAAUGUGUGUAUGGAUGUCAGUGUCUGUAUGUAUGCAUGUCUGUAUGUAUAUAUGUAUGUGUGUAUGUAUGUAUGUGUCUGUAUGUCCUUAUGCAUGUGUGUCUGUAUAUAUGUUAGUAUGUGUCUGUCUGUUACUAUGUAUGCUUGUGUGUCUGUAUAUAUGUGUAUGCCUAUGUAUAUCUGUGUAUCAGAUACAUAUACACACUGACACAGAGAUACAUACACACUGGCGCAUACAAACACAAAUAUACACACCUUGACACACACCGGCAUAUACAAACACAGAUACACUCACCUUGACACACACCGGCACAUACAAACACAGAUACACACACCUUGACACUCAGAUAGAUACAUACACACACACACACACACAUGCACACUGUGUGUCAAGGUGUGUGUAUCUAUGUGCCACUAUCUGCCAGUGUGUGUAUCUGUGUGUCAGAUUCAUACACACUGGCACAUACAAACACAGAUACACACACCUUGAUACACACACUUUGAAACAUAGAUGCACGCACCUUGACACACAGAUAGAUACAUUCAUACAUACACACAGAGACACACUGUGUGUCAAGGUGUGUAUCUGUGUCAAUGUGUGUAUUUGUGUGCCACUAUCUGCCAGUGUGUGUAUCUGUGUGUCGGAUUCAUACACACUGGCACAUACAAACACAAAUACACACACCUUGACACACAGAUACACACACCUUGACACACAGAUAGAUACAUACAUACAUACACACACACACAGAUACACACUGUGUGUGUGUAUCUGUGUGCCAGUGUGUGUGUGUGUAUCUGUGUGUCAGAUAUACAACUGGCACAUACAAGCACAGAUAUACACAUAUACACACCUUGACACACACCGUCACAUUAAAAAAAAAAAAAAGGAGCAAUUGUAUUUUUUUUUUUCAGGGGUGGGUGGGGUUCAACAAUGUUGAUACACAAUGUCAAAGGGUUCCACAGGAAAAAUUAAUUGGGAACCCCUGGGCAAGCAAUAAUAUCAGUAAUAAAGUACAAUUAUUGUGUUUACAAAUCAGUAUGUGUAAAUUAGAUAAAUGUUGUCUUUUUCUAAAUUAUAAUUAAUUUGCAGAAAUUGUUAUUAGUAAAGUGCCUAGAAAUUCUGCCCACACCUAGUCAUAACCCUAAAAUUAAAAUGUCUGUCUUUGUCCAUCUGAAAUGUUGGAAGGUAUGUAAUUCAGAAAAAUAUCACUGCUAGGGGAAAUAAUUAGAAACAUCAAAUGUGUUAUUUUUGGUGACUAAACAGUGUUUACUGCCACUAUAAACACUUGAUUCUUAAUGUAAUGUGUAGUUACAUGCAAUCCUAAUAAUACUGUUUACAUCAUACAUCCAUUGAAUGUAUCAAUUAUAUGCUUUCUUUUCAAGGUCUUUGGUCUGGAAUGAUUAUGUGUGUCUUUGUGCAAUCCAUUCUUGUUAUGAUAUAUAUUAUUCGAAUAAAUUGGAACAAAGCAUAUGAAGAGGUAAGGAUAUAGCACGCAUGAAAAUUGCAAAUGUUACAAGACUACCAAAAAUAAAACAAAAACAUAGGACCUUACGAAAAGUGCACCAUAUGGCCUCAGUGUGACCAAGCUCACCAAUGCUUAAAAGUAGCCGUACAUUCAUGAGUCUCACAGCAAAUCCUUAGCAGGAGGUAAAUGGAGGUAUAUGCUAAUUUCCUUUGUCCCUCUAAUUUAAGACUCUUGUUGUGGUAGUUUUUAUUAUUCUUUUUAAUAUAGUCUCCUCUUUUACUGUGUUGAUUCCUUUUUAUGUAUUUAAAUGUUUCUAUCAUAUCCUCCCUGUGUCGUCUUUCCUCCAAGCUAUACAUAUAUACAAAUAUAUAGCUAUGCAUGCUCUAUAUUUUGGAUGAGCAUACUGUCUUAAGAUAAUUCUCAAUGGAUAUAAUUUUUUUUUUCUCAUUUUUAAAUAGGCUCAGUUUCGAGCAGGAAUACGAUUUUUAAAUGAAGCUGAAUCGUUUAAAGAUGGAUCCACUGGUGCUACUGGCCUAAAGAUAAUUGGUAUGUGCUGUGAACAUUAAUUUGUAUACAUGCAGUUGUUCACUGUGCAUUUUUUAAACUAAAUCUCUUAACACACUUAUGUAUUCAGAUAUAGAUGUGCAAUGUCAAAAAUGAUUCCAGGGAUAUCUGUAUGGCAUGGAUAUCCUUAACCCAGGAAAAAAGAAUAUCCCAGGGCAAACAUAACCUUAUGCCAAAUUUUAUACUUCCAUCAAAAAUGAAAAAUUAAAGAUAUAAUAGCCAGAUGGCAUAAAAAUACUUAAAUUACACUGACUACUGCCCUGCAAGUCAGAUAUUAAUGAUAACUAAGCAAAACCAGUACCAAGAGCUGGUUGCUAAAAGCAAUAUGAAAAAUAUCGCUAAAAAACAACAUUGAUGCAAUGUCUAACCAUCAAUCUCGAACUGUUUAUAAUUUGAUAUGAUGGUUGUUAGGAGGAAAGCUAUUAUUUUAGGUGCAUAACUGUCUGUGUAUGAAAGAACAGAAGUCCUACUGAAAUUAAGACUAGUGAUGGGUAUUUUAUAAAAGUAUUUUAUUAUAGUAAAGCUUUUUAUUAACUUUUAUUGUAUCCAUUUUUUUUAAAAGUUUCUAUUAUAUUAAAUUGUACUGUAUUAAUCUGUAUUAAUCAAUUCUCUGCAUUUACUUUCUGGUGUUUAACAUUUUGUAUACAAUGUAAUGUAAUUUAUUCUGUAUGGACUUUAAUUAAUUAAUUAAUUAAUUAACAACUGAGGGAUAUAUAAGCAGUCCCAUAUGGAGGUUAACACAUACGUCUCUGAGGAAGUAGGGCUAUUCCCUACGAAAUGCGUCAGACACUUCACAGAACGUCCACACAGCAACAGCCAGCCAAGGUAUUAUCACAAGAGCCUAGAUAUCAUCUCGGAUCCCAGGCACCCCACUAAUAUCAUACGAAGAGCAGCGCAGUUCCCCCGAAGUGAGGCUCGAGGUGGAAUGCACUGUGUUACGCAAGCCGUCCUCACCGACGAUCAGAAUUUGGAUAUUGAAUUGUGAAGAACAUCCAUAUCCAUCCAUGCCUGGAAAUAAGGUUGUAGGUUGUUGUGUAUUUUUUACCUUUAAUGGAUUGGUAUUUUUACUGUGUACUUAUUUUUAACUUUAUUUUACUAUUCUGAAAUAAAUUUGACUUUUAUAUUCUCAGUUGGUUUUUUUAGCGAUAUUUUUCAUGUUGCUUAUAGCAACCAGCUCUUGGUACUGGUUUUGCUUGGUUAUCAUUAAUAUCUGACUUGCAGGACAAUAGUCAGUGUAAUUCAAGUAUUUUAAUGCCAUCUAGCUAUUAUAUCUUUCAUUUUAGUGUGUGUGUGCGUGUGUGUUUGUGUGUUUUGGCAGUACAUGUGUAUAUAUGCAUACAUCUCAGCAUUCAAAUGCCAACACUACACACAAAUACACCCCUGCAUUCAAACUUCAACAGUACAUACAAACACACCUCUUUGUUAAACACCAAAAUGUUAUAUAUACACAUCCCUGCAUUCAAAAACCAACACUACACAUAAAUUCAUGCUUGCAUUCAAGUGCCAUCUCCACAUACAAACACACACCCCUACAUUCACACAAACAUGCUUACAUUUAAACACAAAAACAGUACUCAGUGCUAAAUAAAACCCUGCACGCAUGGGAAAAUGAUAGAAACCCAGCUGUCAAAGCAUUGUUGGAGUUGCACGACAGAUGGGUAUCUACCCUGGCAUAUAGAACCCUUUAAUUAAUUAAUGCAAUAGAACCCUCUCUACUUUACGUCUGCCUCUGUGUUGGUGUGUGUGUAUGUGUGGCGGGGAGGGGGGGAGGAGGAAGGGGAGGCUUGAUUGCAUGCCCAGGGUCCAAUCAAUAUUAAAGACUGCCCUGAUUAUGAACACAUUUUGGUUACCCCUUGUAAAUGCUAUUUUAAUAUGAUUUUUUUUCAUUAUUCCACUUUUAUAACAUAUGCAUUUUGCCAUUUUAUAGGUGACCUGAAAGCUUCUGAUCAUAAACAUUAUGGGAUGAAUGCUACAGAAGGGAUUAUGCUACAAGAUAUUGCUGCUGUUGACAAAUAUAUAGACAAGCACAAACAUGCCUUCACUGAGGCUACAAACGUUGUUGGAGAAGUUCUCUCUGUGAAGCAACUGAUUCUUCGGCGUGGUUUGGUCAUUAUUACAGCUGUAGCUACAUUAGUUAUUGGUGUACUAAUUAAUCUUCUGAUUGGUAAUGGAUAA